AAAGAGAAUUCAUCGAACAAACAUGGUGGACGAUUUUGGUUGAAAACGUGUUGAAGCGUAACACAACUUGAGUCAUUUUGCUGCACUGGUUUAUUUUGUUAUCGAUGGAAAAAGUUAACGUUCCAGAUACUGCAUCAACUUGGCAACUUGUAACGUUUUUCAGGAAAACAUAAUGUUUGUCGGAGAAGAGCCUGAAAGAGAGGUAAGUGAUCACGAGUGGCUGGCGCGCGUUUCCUCUUUCGAAUUUGUUUCCUCUCGUUUAUUAUUACAAUGUCACACAUAUCGCUAUGAUAUUGAAGAAACUUCGAUAUCCAAUCCUGGAAUACUGAUAGGCAAAAAUUCACGUAUAUGUUAUCGUUAUUUAAAGUUAAUGCUUUUAACGAUAUUUUACUGAAGCGCCGGCCCCCAAAGUUGUGAUUAAUACAUGUAAUUGCAUCAUACAUCAUUUAUUAUUAUUAUUCAUUCAAAAUAUUUCUCCGUCUCUGAUUGGCUAAAAGCACACACAUAAUUCACCAUAACCAGCUACUGAUGACCACAUUUGGAAGAAUUUUUCGUUUAAUGAACUGAUGAUGUCAAAAGUGCAGCCUUCUUGCAGAUUAAUGCACCGUUAACCGAGAAGACCUGGAGACGAGGUUGAGUUGUUUUGUUUUUGAAAACAAAAAUGGCAGAAAUUUCACUUGUUUCAAGAGUAAGAACUGAUGCCCUGCCAGGGGGGGUCUCAUGUCGCCCGUCUGAAUUUUAAAACGUCUCGUGUAGCUGUUUAUAAAUGUUGGCUUUGCUGUCACUGUCGCAAUUUGGCCGAGGGGGGUCGUCUCUUGUCGCGAUUUCAUUUUACGCGCUGUUGCUACUUUUUGGGCCAUGUCGCUUGUUGGAAUUUACCCUGGCAGGGCCUCAGAACUAGGCGAAAUAAUAGCAAAAAUAUGGCAAGAACAGCAAGAAGACAAUUAUUCAAAGGGCAACAUCUGCAAUUUGGAGAGUAUUUGCGGAGCUGAAAAACCCUGAACGUGCACUAUUGAAGAUGAACUUAACAUCGAUGGAGGCAAGCAUGUUUUAGCUAUGUUUUUAAACUAGGAAUUAUUUUGAAUGAAUAAUAAUACAAUUAGUGAAUUUGGCUUUUGUAUCAUACGAAGGAUUAUGGAGAUCUCGGUCCCCCCCCCAAGACAUAAGCGUACCAAUAUCCUCAGGAUGACAACGUUAAACACAUGUUAAUGUGAGUUUUAUGUUUGUUUUCUUUCCAGGAGGAUGCUCUGGAUGUGUUCCUUCUAAUGGGAAAGGAGUACAGAAUAUCUAGGAGUAUUCGAGCACAAUGGUUCUUUCAGCAAUUUAACUCCACCCUCCCUUCCCCCAAGCCAAAAGAUGAGUUGGUAAGUUUCAAAUUAAAUUAAAGUUAUUUUAGUGUCUCCUAAGAACUUUAUUAUAAAUUUUAUUAUAGUGAAGGGGUUAUUAGAGUUUUCUUUAGAAAUGGGCAUGGAAAAAUUAAUAAAAUUACAGUAGAACCCUAAUAAACUCAAACUCAGAUAACUCGAACUCCCCGCUAACGCGAACUAGAUCCAGUUUCCCUUGGAUUUCACCCCACUUUCCAGUCAUUUUUACGUGGUUAACUCGAACUCAGAUAACUCUAAGUCCCCUCUAACUGGAACUAAAUUUCCUUUCCCUUGAUCACAAAUUUACCCCGAUAACUCGAAAUUUUGGUUCUCUUAACUUCACUCGGAUGCCAUCCCAUUAGAAGGUUUAAAACACUAAAAGUUCUAACACUGGUCAAAACUAAAGCAAUUUGAUUUAAGUGCUGAAACAAACAGAUCAUGGUAUAUCAUAAAAAAUGCCUUAUCAUGUCAGCUGUCAUGUGACGUUUCUGAAGAAAUAAGUUUAAUAUGCAUUGCACCAAUACUGAAGUGCUGAAAAUCAGCAACUAUCAAUUUUUAACAUGACAAAAUUAAUUGAAUUUUCCAGUUGACCCCGAUAACUAGAACCCCCGCUAACUCAAACUGUUUUUUGUGUCCCUUCAGAGUUUGAGUUACAAGGGUUCUACUGUAUGCUAAAGUUCUCCGUGACAGGUUACAAACACAAGGAGGGCAGGGCUUGUACAACUUUGAUUCAUCUGGAUCAUUCUUAUACUUUAGACUUAAAAGCAAAUCAGACAGCCAGCGACCCUGCUCUUUUUUAGAAAAUUGUACUGGAGAGACUAAUGUGCAAGAACUAUCCAAAACUAUCUAACUUCAUAAGGCUGUCAGGUGUACUUGUAUUUAUGAAGUGUUCUUUCUUCUAGAAAUGGAGCAAAGGAUGUUGCAGAUUAAUGAAGUGAAUGUCAGUCCUUGAAAAAUAAGUUACAUCCUUGAAACUUCCUUGUGAAGUUGAUUAAAUUUUUUUUGUCUGAAGUUGUAUGAACCAUGUCUUACACAGGCCUAAUUGGAUGGGUUAAGUACAACUCUUAUAGCAAUAUGCCUCUUUUCAGUUUAUGGUAAUUCUUAUACAUGUACAGUCUGAAUUCGUGAAUUCGUGUUUCUCAAAAUGCCAUUUAUUGUAGGUCUUUGUUUUGUUGCUUUUAAGGAGAAUUGUACACAUGAGCAUUCUAUAGACUGGAGUUGUUUACUUGUAAACAUUAUUAUUGAUUUUCAUGUAGAUUGGGUCAAAUGAAGAGCUGGAAGUUUUGUCAGUCAUUCCAAAUAAUCAACGGAAUCCAGGACCUUACAGACUUGUACCCUCAACCCAUAUCACCUUUAUUGGCAGGCGAUACCGAUUUGUUUUUUGCCUUGAUAUCAGCCCAUCAUUGGCCACAGUGGUAAGGUUAUGCUGUCAGUAAUAUUUAUUGCCUUUUGAACGUAACCAUCCAGGCGUGUUACUAACAGCUAACAUGAGUAUGAUCUCCAGCUACUUUCAGAGGAAACAAAAGGAAACAAGAACCAAUACAACUUCAUAAAGUUGUAGUUGUAGCUGUUGAGUUUAGCUCACCUACUAAUAAUUAACAACAAGUGAAUGAGGUUGAGCAAAAAUGCUAUCUUGAUUUGUCAGUGGUGAGCGGAUCAAUUAUUUGCCGAUGCUGAAGGCUGAGGCAAAUAAUUGAUCUGCGAUAACCGAGUUUAAUAACUGCUUUAUCAUUCGAUCACCAAGUUUAUUUCUUAAUGAAUAUCUUCUGGAAGCAAAGCGAUCUGCCAUUUUUCACGCAAGAGCGAUCACAGAAAGGAGAAAAGUGUGGUUUUGUGUAUGCACAGUUGGAUGACUAUGUCCAUAAGCAGACCAUUAUUUGUAGGCAGUUAUUUGCAGGUCACAUGGUGGACUUUCGGCCAAUGAAAAAGAAGAACAAUUUGCAUGGAAGUCAUAUUCUUUCUGUUUUUUUAGGAUAUCCAAUCAGGCACUGUUAUCACAGAUGAAGCAUUUGAAAAACUGAAGAACUGCCUUUGUGGUCUAGUUGCUCCAGUUAGUACUGUAUUCACUGCUAUGUUUUUUUUAUUAUGCACCUGUUGUGGGGGACAUGCCUGGUCUGCCUUCUGGUUUCUGAAGGGGAUUUAUGUAACUUAUUGACCCAGGGUAUGUCAGAAUUUCAGGGUUUUUGAGAUUUUCAUGAUCUGCCGAGGAGCAAUAGCAGGAAUUGAAUCUUCAUAACAGAGACGACAGCUAAAACCGUCACAGUAGGCUAAGUUGUAGUCUUGAAACAUCCCUAUUGGUCAACUGUUUGAUGUUUAUUUUGCUAAUAUUUAGCAUUAGCAAGUAUCUCACCAAUGUCAACACCUCUAUUUUUAUUUUGUUAGAUUUGCCAAUUAUUGGCAGGGUCACCACAAUGUUCAGCAUGACGCCAAUUACUGCGGGCCCGUAACAGUCCCUCCCCAUAUGAGAGAUAGACCACCACACCUUACGGGGACAACGUCCCCUACUCUUUACGAACAGUGUGUGGGUUCUUUAAUGUCCCACAGAAUUUAUAUAUGCAAGGGUUGUGAGACAGGGCCUACGGUUUAUCUUCCUUAUCCGAGAAAACUAGAAAGUCUAACCAUUUGCAGAUGUCUUUACAAAGGCAGCACCCUGACCCUGAGUGUUGGUCCGGCCAGGACUUGAACCAGCGGCCUCCUGCUUGGCAGACCGGCGCUUAUCUAACUGAGCUAACUGGGCGGCUGGAGACCCCCUGGGAAUCUCUGCCCUCCCCUCCCCAGGGCAAGACAUAGACAAUGGUAUUACCAGUGGGGUAAAUCUAGCCCUUGCGUUUUCCUCUUUUAUUGUACUUUUUUGUCCACACAGGGUCUUGUAUCAAAGCCGUGGAUUAAUAAUUAGUAACUCUAUUAUUCGGUAUCCUACUUUUUGCAACUAAAAGACAAACAAAUGGAUUGAACAGUGCAUAAAUUUCUAACAUGGCUUCAAGGCUUUCGGGUCAUUUUUCUAUAAUUAUUUGGUUUGGUUUUCUUUGUGCUCAAGUCUCUGCUGGGAAUUGCCAGACAAUUAUAUAUGCAGUCGUGAAAAGUUUGCAAUUUUGUCCCUAAAGUCUGGGAUAUCUAUUUUUCAAUUUCUGAACAGUUUUGUGUGCCAGGAAACUCUAUUGUGCUGUCUCCAGAGUUGUACAUCACUGUGCUGGCCUAUACAUCCAUCUUAAAUCCUGAAGUGCCACAGGUAUGUGUGAAAAGUGUUGGAACAGGUACCUUUUAUUAAACUCAGGUGUCUGUCUGUGUAGUUUGAUUUGUGGAAUUUUUGUAAGAUAAGAAUCUUCAAACCAGCUUUUCAAACUCAUAAACACAGAAGAGGAAGCAAAGGAUCACUAUUGUGUAAGACAUUUUAGCCUGUGUGACAGCAUUGAAAAGGUGGCGGGCAGAUCCUGGAGGGGGGAAUAUUAUUAUUAGAAAUCAUAAUAUAGGGUGUGCCCACACCCUUCUCACUCCAGCUUUUGCCCUCUCUUUAAAGGCAGUUAUCCUUUGCCCCUUCAAACUUCUGGAGCACAGGAAAAAAUAACAGAUUCCCAUUUUUGGAUAUUUUAGGGGAUUUAAAGAAUACCCACAAAAAUCCCAAAUUUGGAAGAGUGAGACAAGUCCCAAUCAGGGAACUUGGUUGGGAAUUCGCUGGUUGGGACUUGUCUCACUUUGCCAAAUUUGGGAUUUUUAUGGGUAUUCUUUAAAUACCCUAAAAUAUCCAAAAAUGGGAAUCCGUUAUUUUUUCCCGUGGAGGAGGUUCAGCCAGAUACAGAUGUAACCACCAUAAAAUUUUGUAAACUUCUUUUAAGGUGAUGCUACACUGGAUGAUUUGCAACGAUGGUUUUUAGUGCAACACUGCAUCACUGACAACAUUGUUGCAACAUCAUUUCGAAAGUUUGCAACAUUGUUCCAACAUUUGAACCCUGUGUUAUGCUAAGAAUCGUCGUUGUGAAUUGUCUUGUGUCACAUCACCUGUAGUUUUGUUUCUUUUUUUUAAAAAUAAUUGAUCAAAUUAAGAAACUAUAUAAUGUUGUGAAUUUCUGGUACUUUUUGAUGUGCAUAACUUGCAAUGCUGAAAAUAACAAUAUUAUUACUAGUUUGUAAUCCAAACACUAUGAAUCAAUUGUUUCAUGGUCAUUGAACUUUAACUCCCAGCAAAAUAAAGAGAUAAAAGUUCCAUGCAUUUAUCAGUGACAUGUUUUUGAAGUUUCCAAUACCCAUCAUCUUCUCAGAUUUGCAUUUUAUUAUUGUGCAUAAUUUUUUAUAUGUAUGAAUGUCAAUAAUAAAUAUCAUGUCCUUUUAUUAUUUAAACUUCUUCCAUUAAGGUUCUCAUUCAAGGUUGUCUGGUGACAGAACAGAAUGUAAAUACUGUGCUAGAACUAAUUCAAGACCAGCUGAAAGGUUUAGAAGACUUCCUUGCUAAGACUACCUCUACAUUACAUGGCUAUGAUGGCAGUGAGGAGGUAAAGUUUGUGUAGAGAAAAAUAUAUAUAUCUGUGUGAUUUUGCUAAAAGGUGCCCGCUCAGUUUUUGCUUUGUUCAAGCCAGUGUAGCCGGAAAAAAACCAGGGGGCUUGCCAUCUUUCUAGGUGUCAGCAGAGAGCCCAAGCCUAGACCUAUCCAUGGGUGGGUUGCUGACUUGUUUUGUGUCAAAAUCGGGGGGUAGGGAGGGGAGAUUUUGUCACUUUGGUUAGAGUUUCAAGUCAGAAAGCAGUGCAAAGUCAGAGAAUUUUUCUUUUGGGCUAGCCCAGCCAAAUCAAUGCUGUGACUCUAUAUCAUAACACUACUAGCAGAGCUUGGGAGAAGUGAUUGACUAGACAUAAGCUUCAUGGGUGGGGAGGGUGAAUAGUUAUUUCCUGGACUUGGCUGUCUAGAGACUCAGUUUUUGUAUUUUUGUAAUUUGGUGGUGACCUAAAAGUGAUUAUGAUAGUCUGAAUGGACCUGCCCAAACCUAUUUAAGGAAGAAGUUCAGGGACCUUUAUAGCUGGUAUCUAAGUCUCUCACUAUACAAAACAUACAAACAUGCUAGAUGUGCAACUAUUCGGAGCAGCAACUGACCAGCAGUUCAUUGUAUGAUAAGGAUCAUUUAGUGUUAACUAGUAUGAACUCCAUCAAACUCACUGGAAACAACUGCAAAAUGCUUGAGCUAACUUUAAUGUUGAUUUUAAGAUUUGUGCUCUUCAGGGUUUCCAUAAAAUGUUAGAGAUUUUCUUAUUUAGAUUUCAUAUGUUUUAUUGUUGCAGCAUACAUAUCAGCCGAUCAGAAUUUUGGAUUUGCAUUUGAGUACUGUCUAGUAGAAUUAUUAUUAUUUUUUUUUAUCAUGAUUAUCCCAUUUUCAGAUUAAUAAAGCUGAAAGUGACCAAGGAGGGAGGCAUCAGGAUUCAGUGACGCUCAUGUCCCCCGAGGCUGGACCCAUUGCAAUAAUGCGGAACACUCUUCUGGCGCUUCAGCUGCUUCCCUGCAAUGCAAGUGCAGGUAACAUUGAGCUCUUUAAAUCCUAAAUUAGAGUAAAUGUGGCAGAUGCAGGGUUGUCAGAAAGUUUUGAAUAAUGUGAUAUUUUAUUUAAAAUAAUAAUGUAAUAGUAUUUUGUUUAAAAAAUGCCAUCCGUAAGAAAUGCUGAGCAGAGUAGCAGGCCAAUACUGACCAAGUAGCUGGUGGUUUUCACUGGCAGCCAGCUAUGUUUGACAACUCUGCAGAUGUAAAAUGCUGCUUUUCUAUCUUCUGCACUAUAAUUAUCUGUGAAUGAAAGACUGAGGUGAUGCAAAACUACUAUGGUGUCACUUCACUUUUCAAAUAAAAUCUACUCAGCAGUAGUUUCCUGUGAGUUGUUGCAUGUACUUUUUAUUAUGCUGUAUAUUUUAUACAUUAGGUUGUUCCCAUCUUUUGAACUCCUCUGUGAGUGAAAUCCUAUGGUGCGACUAUUCAAAUGAGCCAUUUGAGGUGCCAUUAGAACAUAUACACGGUAGAUGCCAACUCUCCUGUAUUAUCCGGGAGUCUCCCGGAUACGACACCAAUCUCCCAGUCUCCUAGUCUCCCAGUCUCCCAUACAGAUCACCAUAUGUCCCGGAUAAAAUCAUCUUUUGAGCUUUUCUGUGCCUUAGUUUGAGAUUUAGCCCAUUUUUAGCUCAAAACUUGGAUUUUCUUAUUCGUAGUACAGUUUCUGGGGCGUUUUUGCACCUAUUUAGUCACUGAUCAUGACAAAGAUUAUUUCUGGCAUCAAAAUGAUAUCACAAAUUUUGAUAGUUUGUACUUCAUGUAAGACUUCAUAUAAUGUCCUAGUCAUUCCCAUAUUUAUCGGGGGUGGGGAGGGGUGGGAGGAUUCAUUAAAUUUCGGGGGUGUGGGGAGUAGUGAAAAAGAGAGGGUCUCCAGAUUUUAGUUCUGCAGAGGUUGGCAUCUCUGUUAGAAUAGAACCAUCUUGCAUAAAUUUCUAUCAGCUUUGUUUUGCUUCUGAUCAGGGGCUGUUGUGAUCACUGAUGGGGUAUUUGCACUUCCGGAUGCUUCAGCAGUUGAUUCUCUUUUGGCGCAGUUCAGAGCCAGCACUGUCUGCUGUUCUUUUAUUAAAGUUGGAAGUGGUUUUCAUGCCCACUGCAGGUUUGUAUUUUUUGACAAUAACAAAAAACAAAAUACACAUAAUUAAUUUCAUGAACAGAAUUAGAAGUGGAAUUAUUAACGUUACUUUUUGAAAGAGCAUUACUUUCAUGUUGCUCCUACAUGGGGAUUAUGAACUAGCUCUUCUAGCUGAUUUAAUUUCUCCACAAAACAUUGAAUUCUUUAUUGAACACUUUAGCUUUCAAAAAUGAUAAAUUCUUUUAAGGAUGACAUAAUAUUAAUACGAGUAUACUUUGUUUGAGCCAGUUUAAAAUAUGGUAAUUAAUUGAAUUAAUUAAUUAAGAGAAGAAGCAUUCAAUAUUUAAGUUAAAAUUAUUGUGAGUCAUAUGCAUUGAUGCAAUUAAACUGUUUUCUUUGACAUUUUUAACAAAAGUUUACUGUUUAAAUGCAUGGUUUUAAUAAUCAUUUUUUUUAUAGAUGGUUUUCACGGCACUGACGUCAUCAAAUUGUGAAGUCAAAACAGCUAUAUAGGUUUUACAAAUUCUCAUUUACACAAGGUUGAAGAUAAACAAAAAAUGAAUCCUUGUACAAGUUUCCAGUGCCAUAGCAUGUUUCAUUUCGAAAAUACAGCAAUUUGAACUUGUAAGUUUUCACAGUGUGUGACACAACAUAUGAAUGAAAGCCUCUCCUCAUGAUUUUCAGGAGUUUAACCAUUUUAAGUAUUAGAAGAUGUGUUCAAGUGCAUGUAUGCUAGUUCUGGAAUGAAAAGAAAGAGCUUUUAUGGAAAAGUGAACUCCAGAUGUUUUUGUUGAUUUCCAGUGGCCAUAUUUGGGGUGUCUAAAAAACACAGACCUUGGAAACCCUCACUGUUUUUUCUAGACAUCCAAUUUGUGUACCAAAACUGUACACAAAUAUGGCGUCUCCAUGCAAAGCUCUACAAUGGUGUGUGAAACGUUUUGUCAAAUAACUCGGAAACUGUGGGCGACAUAGACCUGAGACUUGGACAAAUUGUUUAUAUAUAUCAGUCUUUUGUGAAAUUUCGUUUUCUUGGCUUCUUCUACAGGAUGGUUUCAAUUUAUUUUUUGUACCGUGUUUAUUGCGUGACAGUGAAAAUGAUCUAAUAUUGUCUUUUAUUUCUUCUCAGCCUUGCUUAUGUUCCACACUGCGACCUGAUGCAGUUCAUUGCCAUGGCAAGCUCAGGAGCUUAUCUUGCUAACGCUCCCCCUGUGAGUAAAAAAUUUCCCCACAUGACUCAGCAUAUAUAAUAGCCUGGGAUUUAAACUCAGCACAUGGACUCCUGAUUGUUUUUAGUAGACAAACUUAUAGGGGUAGGGGACCCUCUUCCUCUUUCUCUCCUUAUUUUUUUUCGUCUUGCUCUUUGACUUCAUGCCGCACUUCACUAUCUGAAUGCCUGGAGCAGGCUAACUCAUACAAUGUACAUAUAGUUUGAUUAGUACUAGAUGCCACAGGAUUCCCAACCUGUGAUUUAAGUUUGACUUGAUAAGGGAACCUCAGUAGAUCAACAGAAGUUUUUCUUGCCAUUUGUUUGAGAAAGUGAUGUGUUGUUUUUAGGUUUCCAGAGCAGCUAAGGGUGCAGAUGGAGCAGGUAUUUAUUGUUUACCACCGUUAAAAGAAUAAUUGUACUUUAAUCUUUAAUGAAUUGCUGUACAUUUUGUUAGUCGCAUUAGCAAUAUUAUGGUUCAUGUGAUGUAUGAUCUUUGUCAUUUAAUAUGUACAUGUCUUUUAACAUAUUGUUUUUGAUUCCUUUUUCUAAGUGUACAUUUGUCCAUGCUAGAUUUCUUUUGAAUAAUUUGUUUUUUCAUUAUGCUCAGGAAGUCUUUGUGCUAAUGUUUAUCUCAAACCUAGUUUCCCUCUCCUCAGAAACCAACAUUUUAAAUUAGAUAGGAAUGGUAGACAAAUAAGCAGUAGAUCGAUGUGCUAGCUCUUAAUCAUUACUUGCUUGCCUACUUACUUGUGUAAACUUAAUUAUUUAUUCAUAUAAAUAAAUAAUUGGUUUUUGCAUGUUCUUUUUUUUCUACAGAGGACUUCACCAUGAAUCUAUACCACAAGGCUCUUCUCUGCUGGAGCUUUCAAAGAGACUUUGAUCUAAGCAAGAUUGAUUCAUGGAUAGGUACAUGUUGAUUCAUAAUCAUGACUUGUCAAAAGCAGCCUCUACCUCUUCUACAAGCUCACGAGAUUUCUGUACUGGCUGGCUUUACAAGCUGUAGUUAGUUUUCCCGAUCCAUAAGUCCCAAUCCUACACCUAACAUGUAAAAGGUCAGAGGUCAGACCUGACCUUUGUUUCAUUUGCUGCAGUGUAAUUUUUAUUUCUUCCUUUUUAUGAUUGAAGGUGAUUGCUUAGAAUUGAGCAGUGAGGAUUUAGCCUGGGCAUUUAAAGGCAAAAGGUAAUGAGUGAUUAAGGGUCUGUUGGUUUUGAUUGUCCAUCAAGGGUCAUUCUUGAGUCCUGGUCUGGGCCGUUGUGUUGUGUUCUUGGGCGAGACAUUUAACUCUCACUGUGCCUCACUCCACCCAUGGGGUGUAUAAAUGGGAUGGGUAGCAGCAAAUUUAAUAUUGGGGAAGGGACAACAUUGCAAUGGUUUAGAAUCAGGGGGAGUAGAAUCAUUCCUAUCACUUCAUGCUAUGGACAUCCGGAUAUUUAUGCUCUGGCCUGACGGGCUUCUUUGUACAGAUGCAGACUUUUUUUCCUUUUCUGUUGUUUAAAGCUUACCUGUUUGUUUGGAAGUUUUUUUUUUCAGAUGUUUUGGUUAGUGCUUAAGCCAUCAUCAUGUCUUGUAGUUGUUGCACAUUUUACGACUUUGUUUUAAUGGUACCAAGCUGACAGGGCAGCUUAUCUUAAUUUCAUCCACAAUGUCUCUUUGCAAAACCUCUGAAGUGUCGAAAAUAUCAUAAUAAAUUAUGUUUGUUUCAGGUCAAUGUCCUAUGCCCUGAGUGAGUGGGAAAAGAAUGCGAUGCAGCCGUCAAUGCGUAAAAGGCACCUUGAGACCAAACUUCACACCAGUAUCACCAGGUAUCUUACACUUCUUCAUAAAUGGACUCUUUUAUCAUCAGGACUACCAAUUUCAAGCAAACAGCGCAAUUCAAAAUUUCAGUUGUGUAGGAGCUGCUUAUAAGGUCUCUCCUGAUUAGUCGCAGAAAACAAUAACAUGUCAUUCUUUCAAUUGUUUCAGUAUUGUCUGGGGUCAGGGUUAGGCACCAUUGGUGACUUCUCUUCCAAGCAGCUGCUACAUGACCCCAAAAUUUAUUGUGAUUUUUUAAGCAGUAGUUGUUGUGAACGUCUACCCAAUCCUUUGAAGGCUUAAGAAUCAGCAUCGCUAUUCGUUUACACACGAGAACGAUAUUUAUCCAGUUACGAAACUGUGAGCGAGUGGCAAACAAGGAAACUGCGGGUAGUGUUACUUAGUUAUAAAUCAGGUCCUGUGUUUACUGAUGUUGCAGUGAAGAAAGUAGGUGAUCAAGUCUUGUUAAUCCGAUAAUAUUUUGUAACCUUAAAGAGGUAUAUUUGGUCACUAAUUUCGUAACUCUUAUUCAAUUAACAGUGUUCUUAGUGUGCGACUUAGAGAAGGAUAUUCAAUUCAAGACGUGUCUAUAACCAAAGGUAAGCAGAGCACAUUGCCUACAAAUUACAGUGUCUAAUAUACGGUAAAUAUAAAGUAUACCUUGUGGUAGCAGAGCACAGCGUCUCUAACAUUCAGUACAAGAAAGUGUGUCAGUUGAAAAGGGCGUGGUCUCUGGUGCAAGUGCUUUUACCUACCAGUCUCGGACAACCGGAAAUGACUUUUUUUUAGCCCUGGAACUAGCACUGUAUCACAUCCUCUCAAAGUCUGGGAAUGCUCACAGCGCAGCUUGUUUCUUUUUCUUUUUCUUUUUUUGUCAGUAAGCCAAAAGAUCCAAUCAAUGUGUUCUCUUGUACUUUAUGAAUUCUUUCUUUCGUUAAGGUGGAAAGCAACUACAAGUGACGCUGACCAUCCCUUGGAAACAUAACGUGCAGAUUGAAUAUUUGGCGCUUUCUGUAAGUGGAUUUAUCACACGUUGUCCAUAUUUUCUGCUUAUUCCCAUUUCCUAUUCAUUAGUUUUAGAUCCGGAGUGUAAAUGCUAAAGCUUUGCUUGGAGAAACAGUAAGAGUUGUAGUAUUGUCCCAACAUGAGCACUUCUGAAGGGUAUCACCUUGUGGUAGAAACAACUUUGGAGUAGAAUUCAUGGUAAUAAUACUCGUAAAAAAUGCACUUUAUUUGAGUGUCGAUGUAUUUAGGACUAGAGCACUAAUGGUGGACACUAUUCUAAUUUUUACUUCACAUUCUGGUGACAGGGCCGCCAUUUUACGUGGUCAUCCGAGCCACGCGAAGGUCUACCCGUUUGAAGGGCAAAGGGAGCACCUUCAUUUCCCAGUUAUUUUAAGACCCUGAGCGUUGGUCCGGGCCCCCCCUUCCCUCAGGAAACCUUCUCCGAUUUUUCCUGAAGGGAGGGGGGUCUGUACACAGGCUAAAUGCUUGUGGUGAUCUCAUUAAUUUUGUGUUUGCUUUUGUAGGCGUGGCCUCUUACCCCCACCAAGUAAGUUAUUAGGUCCUGUUUUUUUUAAUUAUUUAAAUAUCAACUCGGGGAAGGGGGUGAGCUGGCAAGGGCAUUCUAUUUUCUCACCUUCGCCCUAUACAUGACCGCCUUAGAUCCAAGUCAAACGUUGGAGUUCACAUGUGAUUAUAUUGCUAAUGAGCGAAAUCUAGUGUUUUCACUCAUUAACGUUUUAACUUUUGGUUCGUUGCAUAAGUUCGGCGUUUGACCCGGAUGCUAGUCCAAAAAAUCGCCAAUUCUUGGGGCCCUCCAUGCGUUUUCUCUGCGGUAAAUGGAAGUUUAAUUGUGAUUUUGCUUUUCACGGUGCUCAGUCUCCUUCGGUCAAAUUUCUUAACUGUGUCAAUCAUGUCAACUCUGUUACAGACCUCUCUGCCUGCCCCCUUCCCCCGAAUGAACUAAAUUUCCUCAUUUCUUAAUAAUCCUAAUUGAGUAAAGCUAACGUUACCGCUAUCAGUCAAGUGCAUGAAAAAUCGAGUCACGCGAGGAAAUGCAACUCGCGUGGUGUCACGCGUCAUGGUUUCUUGUGCUCGUGUUUUUGUUUCUUUUAGUCUGCGAAACACUCCAGUGUGCGGAUAGGCGAUUGAAUAUGCGUGGUACCACGUAUCGCUUUUUCUCGCGCUAGGGCGCGUUCCUCUCGUGGUCUACAGCUCAUUGUGCAUAAUUGCAUUUUUCUUGUCUAGCCGCAUCACUCAUGUUGAAGUAACAAUAGAGGCACCUUAUGAGUUCCUUCAUGAUGUUCUUUAUCCAACCAAACAACCCUUCACUAGUGGUUACAGGUAAAAUGACUUGCUCAUUCUACACUUUCGUAAAUAAGUCGACAAAGAUUGUAAAGGUUGUAGCGAUCGUAACGAUCAUAGCAGUAGUAACAACCUUAAUAAUCGUGACCAUCGUCGCAAUCGUAGCGAUCGAAGCGAUUGUAUCGCGAAAUUAUCGAUCAUAACGAUCGUAACGACAGCGAUUGCUAAGAUAGACUUAAGUCUCAUUUUAAUCCUUGUUUCUAUAUGAUUACUAGUUAGUCAUUUUGUUUAAUAGCUAAAAAUAGCUUGACCUGGCGUUUUAUAGGAAUAGAUGAUGGAUAAUAGACCUUUUUACCGAUACGGCGGCCAUAUUGAAUUAAUUCGAUUUAAGAAGUAUUAUAGGAUGCCCAGGGGGCAUGAGCACAUUUCGUUUGUAUUUUCAAGCGCUUUCUGGGACAUUUUUUCUUAAAGUUUUCUUAGAAUAAGAUUGUAAUGGGAAAAAAGAUCCCUGUGCCGUGUUUGGAUGUAAUAAUGAUCGCCUUUUUCUAGUUUAGUAUUAGAAAUAUGGUCUUACACUGUAUAUUUCUCGGCAAAAAAGGCGAUCGUUAUUACAUCCAAACCCGGCACAAGGAUCUUUUUUCCCAUCACAAUCUUAUUCUAAGAAAACUUUAAGAAAAAAUGUCCCGAAGAGCGCUCGAAAAUACAAGCAAAAUGUGCUCAUGCCCCCUGGGCAUCCUAUAAUACUCCUUAAAUCGAAUUAAUUCAAUAUGGCCGCCGUACAGGUAAAAAGGUCUAUUGUCGUUAACUGUGAAAUUGUCGUCAUGGGUUAUUCUUAGAUGUGUGUCUUUUCCCUUCCAGAACCCUGGUGGUCCGACGAUUUCGCCAAACAAUGAAAAGGUAACAAAAACAGGUUGUGUUGUGUAGUGAUUUCAACACACGUCUCAGUUAAGUUCAGAUGGGUGAAAUAGCAUAUUAUUGACCUUCAGUGAAUAAAGGGUCAGGAUGAUGUCCAGAUUUAGCCUGAGUAUCAGGCGUUUCUGGGGGAAAAGGGGAAGGAGAAAAGCGAAAAAGGGAGGGAGCGAAAGGAGAGGAACGCCUGACACAGACGCUUUUACUGGAGCCCUUUCCCGCCUCCCCUCCCCCCUCCCCCUUUUAACAUCUCCUCUCCUUUCCCCUAGCCCCUUAGGAAGGCCUGAUACUCAGGCUAGUCCAGAUUUGACAACAUUGCAGCCUACAGAUCGCCCAUUGUAAUUGUCUAUUUUAAUCACUCACGAGAAAGUAUGGUUCAAAAUCUUUUCAAAUUUCACUGCUCAUGAUAAUUUGCUUGAAUGCUCUCUUUUACAUGCAACGUGAGUUUUUUUAAUUUCUCUUUCCCUCUAAGUACGUUCUGUGCUCAUUCAGAAGUUCAGGCUAUAGAACGACACAGCAGUGCAUAUAUUGACUUGGUAUAUCGAGUAUCACCCGAAAUUUAACUCUGUUGGCUUCCACCAAACUCAAAUCAAUGGGUUGUACCGUAAAAUUCCGAAAAUAAGCCCCGGGCUUAUAGCUUUCAAAGACCCUUUUUGAGGGGCUUAUUUUUGGAGGGGCUUAUAUUCGGAGAGGCUUAUCUACGUAUGGAAACUUGCUUUUCAAAAUCGACUGGGCUAGUCUUAUAGUCAGAAGUAAAUUUACCGUUUUUGCUUUGUUUCACUUUGCAUUUGAGGGCAAUUUUCCAAGUACAAGCCCCCGGGGUGCUUAUAUUUUUUGGGGGGGGAAGCGAUUUAACGGAGGGUUUUUUGCGUUACCGGUUUGGGGGGCUUAUUUUCGGAAUUUUACGGUAUGGUCACCAAUGUCAAGAUGGCAUUUGACAUUUGCCAAUUUAAAAACGAAUGCGUCGCGCAAUUGUUUCUGGGAUUGUUACUGAGGACUCGCCAGUCAGCUAUUGGCCAAUUUUUUCGUUGCCCCUAGUAACAAUCCCAGAAGCCUUUGCAAAAGUAAACUCGUCCCGGUUUUCUCGUUUCUUAAGUGAUGAAUACAUGUUAAAGUGAAAUUAUGUUUCAGUUUGCAGAGUGCAGAUGAGAUGCUGGUCCACCUUCAGUCCUUCUCGUCCAAUUCCAGUUAUUACACCAUACCUGAAAGCACCAAGAAUGGAGUUCCGCUGUUCUAUCUUCCACCCAACUCUAAUAACCCUGUAAGUAUGAGUGCUCUUAAGGCCAGCCUGAUGAAACAAUCGACAUCUCGUGACGUCACCACUGGUUUCCUCGCAAAAUGACGUCUCAGGAACGAGCGCAGACAUUCUAUACUGAUGACGUGUCACUACUCAGAUCUGGGUACCAAUGACAAUGGUGACAACAGCGACAACGACGACAACGGUGACAACAGCAACAACAGCUACAAAAGUGACAACGGUGACAACAGCGACAACAGUGACAACAGCGACAACGAUGAAAACAGCAACAACAGUGACAACGGUGACAACAGGGACAAUAGACCUAUUCGGCUAACGCAAUGUUGUACCCAAUUCAAACCCUUUGGGAAUAAAACUUUUUGUUUCAGGAAUUUCCAUACAUUUAAAUGAGAAUGCCACAUUAUGAUGCAAAUACAAUACACAAUGAAUCUUAACCCCAGGAGAUUUGAAUUGGGUACAACAUUGAAUUAACCGAAUAGGUCUAUGGUCACAAUGGUGACAACAGCAACAGCAGCAACAACGGCGACAAAAGCAAUAACAGUGACAACGGUAUCAACAGCGACAACAGUGACAACAGCGACAACGAUGACAACAGCGACAACGGCGACAAAAGCAAUAAUAGUGACAACGGUGUCAACAGCGACAACAGUGACAACAGCGAGAACAGCAACAAUGGUGACAGCGGUGACAACAGCAACAACAGCGACCACCGUGACAACAGCAACAACAGCGACAACAGCGACAACAGUGACAACGGUGUCAACAGCGACAACAGUGACAACAGCGACAACGAUGACAACAGCGACAACGGCGACAAAAGCAAUAAUAGUGACAACGGUGUCAACAGCAACAACAGUGACAACGGUGACAACAGCAACAAUGGUGACAGCGGUGACAACAGCAACAACAGCGACCACCGUGACAACAGCAACAACAGCGACAACAGCGACAACAGUGACAACGGUGUCAACAGCGACAACAGUGACAACAGUGACAACUGUGACAACAACGACAACAGCGACAACGGUGUCAACCAUGACGACAGCGACAACAGUGACAACCGUGACAACAGCGACAACAGUGACAACAGCGAGAAAGGUGACAACCGUGACAAAAGCGACAACCGUGACAACAGCGACAACAGGAACAACAGCGACAACACCCACAACGGUGACAACACCGACAACAGUGAGAACAGUGUCAACAAUGACAAUGGUGACACCAGCGACAAUAGCGAGAAUGGUGACAAGUGUGACAACAGCGACAACGGUGACAACUGUGACAACCAUGACGACAGCGACAACAGUGACAACCGUGACAACAGCGACAACAGUGACAACAGCGAGAACGGUGACAACCGUGACAACCGUGACAACCGUGACAAAAGCGACAACCGUGACAACAGCGACAACACCGACAACAGUGACAACAGUGAGAAAAGUGUCAACAGCGACAACGGUGACAACAGCGACAAUAGCGAGAACGGUGACAACGGUGACAACUGUGACAACAGCGACAACGGUGACAACUGUGACCACCGUGACAAAGGCGACAACGGGGACAAAAGCGCCAACGGUGACAACAGCAACAACAGUGACAACGGUGACAGAAGGGACAAAAGCGACAACAGUGUCAACAGCGACAACAGUCACAACCAUAACAACAGCGACAAUGGUGACAAUCCGGACGACAGUGACAACGGUGACAAAAUCGACAACUGCCACAACGGUGACCAAGGGGAUAACCGUGACAACAGUGACAACUUUGACAACAGUGACAAUGGUGACAAUGUUGGCAACAGUGACAAGGUUGACAAUAGUGACAACGGUGACAACGGUGAGAACACUGACAACGGUGACAACAGUGACAGCGGUGACAAGAGUGACAACGUUUACAGCAGUUACAACAGUGACAACGGUGACAGCAGUGACAACGGUGACAUCGUUGACAACAGUGACAACGGUGACAACGUUGACAACACUGACAACGGUGACAACGUUACAACAGUGACAACGGUGACAACGGUGACAACAGUGACAACACUGACAACGGUGACAACGUUGACAACAGUGACAACGGUGACAAAAGUGACAACGGUGACAACAGUGACAAUGGUGACAACAGUGACAACGGUGACAGCAGUGACAACUGGGACAACGUUGACAACAGUGACAAUUGUGACAGCAGUGACAACGGUGACAACGUUGACAACAGUGACAACGGUGACAACAGUGACAACGGUGACAACGUUGACAACAGUGACAACGGUGACAACAGUGACAACGGUGACAACGGUGACAAUGGUGACAGCAGUGACAACUGUGACAAGUUGACAACAGUGACAAUGGUGACAGCAGUGACAACGGUGACAACGUUGACAACAGUGACAACGUUGACGACAGCGAUAAAGGUGACAACGGUGACAAGGUUGACAACAGUGACAACGUUGACAACAGUGACAACGGUGACAACGGUGACAAUGGUGACAGAAUUGACAACUGUGACAACGUUGACAACAGUGACAAUGGUGACAGCAGUGACAACCGUGACAACGUUGACAACAGUGACAACGUUGACAACAGCGAUAAAGGUGACAACAGUAACAACGUUGACAAAAGUGACAACGUUGACAACAGUGACAACGGUGACAACGGUGACAAUGGUGACAGAAUUGACAACUGUGACAACGUUGACAACAGUGACAAUGGUGACAGCAGUGACAACGGUGACAACGUUGACAACAGUGACAACGUUGACAACAGCGACAAAGGUGACAACCGUGACAACGUUGACAACAGUGACAUCGGUGACAACGGUGACAAGAGUGGCAACGUUUACAACAGUUACCACGGUGACAACGGUGACAACAGUGACAACGGUGACAACGGUGACAGCAGUGACAACCGAGGACAACGUUGACAACAGUAACAACGGUGAAAACAGUGACAACGGUGACAACGUUGACAACAGUGACAACGGUGACAGCGUUGACAACAUUGACAACGGUGACAACGUUACGAUAGUGACAACGGUGACAACAGUGACAAGGUUGACAACAAUGACAACGGUGACAACGUUGGCAACGGUGACAACAGUGACAACAGUGACAACGGUGACAACAGUGACAACGGUGACAACGUUGACAACAGUGACAACGGUGACAACCGUGACAACGUUGACAACAGUGACAUCGGUGACAACGGUGACAAGAGUGGCAACGUUUACAACAGUUACCACGGUGACAACGGUGACAACAGUGACAACGGUGACAACGGUGACAGCAGUGACAACCGAGGACAACGUUGACAACAGUAACAACGGUGAAAACAGUGACAACGGUGACAACGUUGACAACAGUGACAACGGUGACAGCGUUGACAACAUUGACAACGGUGACAACGUUACGAUAGUGACAACGGUGACAACAGUGACAAGGUUGACAACAAUGACAACGGUGACAACGUUGGCAACGGUGACAACAGUGACAACAGUGACAACGGUGACAACAGUGACAACGGUGACAACGUUGACAACAGUGACAACGGUGACAACAGUGACAACAUUGACAACGGUGACAACGUCAAAGCAGUGACAACGGUGACAACAGUGACAAGGUUGACAACAAUGACAACGGUGACAACGUUGACAACAGUAACAACGGUGACAACAGUGACAACGGUGACAACGUUAGGGACUUUAAGAUAGGUCACUACGGUCGCCUGGGACGGUUAGAUAGAUGUCACGUCACGCAAAAAACGCGUGACCUUUUACCGUCGUCCUUCUGGGACGGUAUGUUUUCGCCGGGUUUCUCGUCGUGAAGACAACGGUGAAACCGAUAAGAGUUCAUGCAUACUUAUUGUCACUUUUCUUCUAAAACUGAGUAGCCACUGGGUUAAUUACGCGUUGGCUUGUGUUUACAUUGAUUUACAUAUCGGUGAAAUGAAAAAAAAAGCGAAAAUGUCUGAGUUCAUUCAUAACUUAGCUCGCGGCCGCAUGGCGACUGCUUGUUCUACCCAGUGUCGUCCGCAAUGGCAGAGGAAAAUUGCCGAAAAGAAAGGUAAGGCCCAGUUCAAAUGUUCAUCUUUUCAUGUACCGAACUUAAUACCUGUUUACAUCGACCUAAAUGGUUCGAGGUUGACUCAGGCGUCGAACUUAAAGUGAAGUCGAACUCGAUUCGUUUUCAGGAUGUUCAAUGGUCUAGAAUGCUUUAAACAAGUGAAAAUAAAUUUUAGUAAUUUGUGCUUUAGUUUCGGCACAUGAGAAGUUCGACGUUUCAACUGGGCCUAACAAUGAUGAUUGUAGCCGUCUUUUUAUAACUUAAAACUGCAUUUUUUAUCAAGAAAAGAUUUCUUUAACUCAAAAGGUGUUGGCUUAGGAAAGGAAAGUUCAAAUAAAAACAUCGACUACAGUUUUGAAAACUAGCUAGCUAGCUUUAAUUUGUACCCUUAUUCUUCUGAUUGGUAUUCUUCGUAUAAAACAAGAAACUCUUCUUCAGUAAUUGAGCCUUCUGCGAAAGAAAUGACAAGCGAGUUUCGCACAUGACUUCACCGUCCUCUGUUUUGUUGUCCGAUCUUAAAUUGAAAAUUUUCGCGGCUUCUUACCGUCAUGGCCCCAGGCCGCCCGUAUACGCAUCCAACCGUCCCAGCCUACCGUUGUGACCUAUCUUAAAGUCCCUGUUGACAACAGGGACAACGGUGGCAGCGUUGCCAACACUGACAACGGUGACAACGUUACGAUAGUGACAACGGUGACAACAGUGACAACGUUGACAACAAUGACAACGGUGACAACGUUGACAACAGCGACAAUGGUGACAGCGUUGACAACAGUGACAUCGGUGACAACGGUGACAAAAGUGACAACGUUUACAACAGUUACCACGGUGACAACGGUGACAACAGUGACAACGGUGACAACGGUGACAGCAGUGACAACCGAGGACAACGUUGACAACUGUAACAACGGUGACAGCAGUGACAACGGUGACAUCGUUGACAACAGUGACAACGGUGACAGCGGUGACAACACUGAGAACGGUGACAACGUUACAACAGUUACAACGGUGACAACAGUGACAACGUUGACAACAAUGAGAACGGUGACAACGUUGACAACAGUGACAACGUUGACAACGGUGACAACAGUGACAACGGUGACAACAGUGACAACGGUGACAGCAGUGACAACUGUGACAACGUUGACAACAGUGACAAUGGUGAGAGCAGUGACAACGGGGACAUCGUUGACAACAGUGACAACCGUGACAACGUUGACAACAGUGACAACGUUGACAACAGUGACAACUUUGACAACGGUGACAACAGUGACAACGGUGACAACGUUGAUAACAUUGAUAACGGUGACAACAGUGACAACGGUGACAACAGUGAGAACGGUAAUAACGUUGACAACAGCGACAACGGUGAAAACAGUGACAACGGUGACAACGUUGACAACAGCGACAACGCUCACAACGGUGACAACGAUGACAACGGUGACAACGGUGACAACCGUAAGAAGGGUAACAACAGUGACAACAGUGACAACAGCGACAAAGGUGACGACGUUGAGAACAGCGUCAACGGUGAAAACAUUGACAACAGUGACAACGGUGACAACGUUGACAACAGUGACAACGUUGACAACAUUGACAACGGUGAGAACGUUGACAACAGCGACAACGGUGACAACUGUGACAACAGUGACAACGGUGACAACGUUGACAACAGUGACAACCGUGACAACGUUGACAACACUGAAAACGGUGACAACGUCACAACAGUGACAAUGGUGACAAUAGUGACAACGUUGACAACAGUGACAACGGUGACAACAUUGACAACGGUGAGAACGUUGACAACAGCGACAACGGUGACAACUGUGACAACAGUGACAACGGUGACAACGUUGACAACAGUGACAACCGUGACAACGUUGACAAAACUGAAAACGGUGACAACGUCACAACAGUGACAAUGGUGACAAUAGUGACAACGUUGACAACAGUGACAACGGUGACAACAUUGACAAUAGCGACAACGGUGACAACGGUGACAACGGUGACAACGUUGACAACAGUGACAACAGUGAGAACGGUGACAACGGAGACAACAGUGACAACGUUGACGACAGUGACAACGUUGAGUACAGUGACAUCGGUGACAACGUUGACAACAGCGACAACGGUGACAACGGUGACAAUGUUGACAACAGUGACAACGGUGACAAAAGUGACAAAACGGACAACAGCGAUAACACUGACAACAGCGACAACAGUGACAACAGUGGCAAGGGUGUCAACAGCUACAAGAGCGACAACGGUGACAACAGCGAUAAUAGGGACAACGGUGACAACUGUGACAACAGCGACAAUGGUGACAACCGUGACAAAAGCGACAACAGUGACAACGGUGACAGGAGUGACAACGGCGACAACGGUGAGAACAGUGUCAACAGUCACAACCGUGACAACAGCGAUGGUGACAACCUUGACAACGGUAAAAACGGGGACAACAGUGACAACGGCGAUAACAGUGACAGCAGUGACAAUGGUGACAAAAUUGACAACAGCGACAACGGUGAGAAAGCUGACAACCGUGACUACAGCGACAACAGCGACAAUAGUGACAACAGUGACAACGGUGACUACAGUGACAACGUUGAGAACGGUUACAACGUUGACAACAGUGAGAACGGUGACAAUAGUGGCAACGGGGACAACGGUGACAACAGUGACAACGGUGACAACGUUGACAACAGUGACAACGGUGACAACGUUGACAACAGUGACAACGGUGACAACGGUGACAACAGUGACAACGGUGACAACGUUGACAACAGUGACAACGGUGACAACAGUGACGACGUUGACAACGGUGACAAUGGUGACAACGGUGACAACAGUGACAGCGGUGACAACAGUGACAACGGUGACAACGUUGACAACAGUGACAACGGUGACAACAGCGACCACAGCGACAACAUUGACAACGGUGAAAACAGCGACAACGGUGACAACGGUUACAACAGUGACAACAAUGACAACAGCAACAACGGUGACAACGGUGACAAUAGUGACAACAGUGAGAACGGUGACAACGGUGACAACAGUGGCAACAGUGACAAGGUUGACAAUCGCGACAACAUUGAGAACAGCGACAACUGGGACAAUGGGUACAACAGCGACAGCCGUGACAAGAGUGUCAGCAAUGAUAUGCACUAUCCAGUUCUUGGUAGCGACGCGUCAUCAGUAUGGAAUUGCUUCGCUCGUUUCUUGGGCUUUAUUUGGCGGGAAACCAUUGGUGGGGACGCGAAAUGUCGGUCAUUUUCUUAAGCUAUAACAAGGUUUUAGGAGUUUACAAAUUAGGGGUCCGGUGUUUGAGUUGUGAUCGAACAAAGUUCAGAUGUAGUAACCGGUUUCCUUGCCCAGAAAUGCCUUUUCAGAGGCAGACAAUCGUGACAGAUUUCAUUCCUUAAUGAUAUAUCAGUUUCUAUUGCCUUGUGAUUUAAAGUUCUUUAUAUAUGAGCUAAGUAAAUUUCCAUUUUUUUUCACAGAUUUUAUCACUGCAACAUGCACGGUAGGUUUCUUUUUAAAGCAUUGUUAAUAAUAUCUUUGGCACUUGAAAAUGCCAAAGAAAAAGGUUGUGUGUCUUUGAACCGUACCAACUUUUGGUCGAUUAGUAAGAGAUGUUGCUGACUUUGUUCAACUAAGGACAGGAAACACAGCCUCCGAUAGAGAAACUGCGAGAAGUUGUGUAUAUCCGAUGAAAAAGUGUUGAGCGUUUGAUGUAGGUUUCUCAAAUGAUCAAUAAUUGGAAAAGAAAUUCCAAUUCCGAGUCAUACUCGUUGGCAGCCAUUUUUUACGGUAUUCUUUUAGUUUUUACCUUCCUUUCUUUUCUUGAAUUAUCAACGACCUUAAGAGCGAUAUAUAAUUUUCACAAGUGGGGGAAUGAUCUGCAUUGAUAAUACAGGUAAUGCGGUCUAGCAUUUACGUAACCAUUUUUGUUUCAUCUUUAGAAAAAGUUCCAAAUCACCCGAGUCUCAGUUUGCAGUGUUCUGGAAGCCAGUGCUAUCUGUUGAUACAACAGGGUGGUGAGUCAUCAAAUCACAUUCUAUUCUUUUAAAUAUGUUCAGUGUUUGAGCAAUACUCUCUUCAUAUGUGGAUAAGAAUGUUGUCGCUCUAAGGGGUUUACGCAAUGGGCCAUGCCCGAGUUACCUCAAGCCUCUGUUUCAAAGCGAGGCUGUGUGCAAAGCCAUUGCUAUGAAAACGAUUAUUUAUUCUCAUGUAAAUAAAACUCAUGUUUUCGAAAAAGGUUUUACAUGCAGCCUCGUUUGUAUAGUGAGAGUUUCUGGAACGUGAAAAUGACCUAUUGUGUUGCCUUAAAGGAAAAAGAAGGGCUCGUAAAGGUCAUUUGUCGUUUAUAUAAUUGCUUAUCGUUAUUCUAUCACUACAUGUAUCUCCGCGAGCUAGCAAGAUCAAGCAAAUGCAGUCCUCUGUUAAAAAUGACUGGAUACUGGCCCCCCUUUUUUUUGUUCUGUUUUUGUGGACAUUGAUGUCGACACUGUCCGUUAUGACGCGAGAAAAGAGCCUGCCAACUUCUACUUCUACUUCUACUAUAUUACUUCGCAAAGCCUGUACAGCAUCACGCGAAGGAUCCGUAUAUCAAGGUUGACCACAACACCGGGGUCUACGACCCCUACUCUUUACGAACAGUGUGUGGGUUCUUUAACGUCCCACAGUAUUAAUAUAGGCAAGGAUUGUGAGACGGGGCCUACGGUUUUUCGUCCUUAUCCGAGAAGACUAGAAAGUCUAACCAUUUGCAGAUGUCAUUACAAAGGCAGCACUUUCUCCUCAGUUAUUGUUAAGACUCUGAGUGUUGGUCCGGCUGGGGCUUGAACCCGCGACCUCCCGCUCAACAGACCGGUGCUCUCCCAACUGAGCUAACCAGGCGAUCCGAUCUUUUUGACGUCACUCUAAGCGAAUGGCGCACAUAUUCAUCUUAUUUUCGUUAACUACUCUGUGAAGUUACAGCGGACGUUUACUGCAAUUUCAGGCAAAGAUGGAUGCAUUGCCAUAGAAUUGGACUUGUUUUGGAUCAUGACGUGUAAGUCUGGCUUUGUUAAUAUUUCUGAAAUGAUUUUUGCUUUUGAUCUCAAAGUAACCAAUUGGUAUAUCGUGUUUAUUUUUAGUCCUCUGCCAAAGAAUCUAAAUCUGCCUAUGGAGAAUGAUCGUUCCAGCGCAAUCCAGUGCAGAGUGGCGUUAAGCUCUCUGACCUCUCUUUGCAGAAAUUGGAGUUCGUUUGUCUUGUUGGAAAACCACUCUUUCAUCAAAUUUAUCUCCAGGUACUGUGCCGUUAACAGUUAACAAACUCCAUGUUUAGGUUGGGUGCUUGAAGUAAACCUUCAAAAGUGUAGUUUAAUAUUUAGGCGCAUAAGACACGAAGAUGACUGCCCAGACUACAUAACGAAAGUAUUACCUAGAAACUCAGAUCUCAGGAGUGAUAGCAGGGCUAGCCGUUAUGGAAGGUUUGAUUUGGUAUGUCCAUUUUAUAAUAAGGAAACGGAAAGUGGGGGGGGACGUACUUUUAAAAUUCGUGGAGCUGAGCUGUGGAAUAGGAUUCCUCUUGAUAUGCGAAAGAAGGACACCGCUGGCCAGUUUAAGAAUGCUCUUAAAAAAUAUUUUUAGUCAAGCUCUUAUGGGUAUAAGAAGGACACCGCUGGCCAGUUUAAGAAUGCUCUUAAGAAUAUUUUUAACCUAGUUCUUAUGGGUAUAAUGUCUUCGCAUUUUUAAAUUCUAAUGUACAUAUCACUUUUCUCAUCUUAUAGUAUUUUUAAUUCGCCGUGUUUAUCGUAGUAGUUUUUAAUAUUCGUAAUUUAAGACUGAGUGCCACUAGUUCAUCAGUUUUCUGUCAUCUGUCUAAUGUAUGUCUUUUUAUCUUUUUAUUCUAAUGUACAUAUCACUUUUUCUUAUCUUGUAGUAUUUUUUAAAUUUUAAUUCGUCGUGUUUAUUUUGUUAUAGUUCUAAAUAUUUUAAUUACGAUUGAGGGCCAGUAGUUCAUCAGUUUUUACCGUUAUGUGCUACCCUCAUUAAAUAAAGUUGUUACUUACUUACUUACUUACUUACUUAGUCUUUUAGCAGCAACGACGGCGGCGGCGGCGGCGGCGAAAACGUCAUUCAGGAAAAGAAAUUCGUGCUUUUCAAACUUCAGCGCUCUUAUUCCAAAAAUCUGUUCUUUCAGGGGCCAAUUUGUUAAAACUUUUAUAGUUGGCUAUUAUUUUUGAGUCUGAAAGCAAUAGCUACACUUGUAGAUUGCACAUCUAAAAGUUUAAUUAAAUUGACUCCAGGAGUAAUUGAAAAAGAUUUUGUGUCCAUUCCAUAUAAGACGAAUUUAUCUGAACAUAACACCUCCACAACUGUCCUGUUCCAGGCUAUCUCCAAAAGAGCAUGUUCAGUUUAAUGGGUUUAAGCGUACUCAGACCGCGCACCUGGCCAAGUUCGCUAGGAAAUUCGGAACUAUACUGCAAACCCGUUAGUUGUAUUGUUAACUUUAGCUAACCAAAGUGCGAACCUCGAAACGAAGUUGGGUUUUUCGUCGCCAACAGCGUUCAUAAACUCAUCAUCAUCAAGUCUCAUCGCGCCCUUAGGCGCAUAAGGCCUCCACGCUGUCUGACGUACACUUUCUGUCUUGUGCAACUCCUUAGGCUGCUUCCCAGCUCUUCCACCCAGCUUUGUUUGGCUCCUAAUCGACUGUCCUUCUGCUUCCUCCGCUAAUCGCCCAGUCUUUUCAUGCAAGUCAUUGAACUUAGAUGACAGUAGUGCAAUGUCAUCUGCGAAAUCAAGGUCCUCUAGCUCUGUUGUGAAAUUCCACCUUAUCGCUCUUCUCUUGUCUGCUGUUGUCUUCCUCAUAACUCAAUGCAAGCACGGUAAGAAUGGGAAUCACGACAUCACGCACCCCUGUUUUACCCCGGACUUGAUCAUAAACCAAUCAGAUGUCACACUCCCAUCGACAACUGCGCACUCAAAGCCCACGUAUAUGCCCGCUAUCACUCUCACCAUCUUGUCUGGUAUCCCAUAAUUUCUCAUUAUAUUAUAUUUCUCUAUGUACAGAGUCAAAGGCUUUUUCAAAGUCUACAAAGUGCUCAUACAGACCCGCGCUCCACUCAUUUGCCUGCUCUUAGAUGUUUCUAAGGAUAAAUAUAUGUUCAGUUGUACUUCUCUUGGGUCGAAACCCAGCCUGCUCCUUUCGAAGUUUCUUGUCUACGCCGUUCUUGGUCCGCGUCAACAGCAUCCUACAAAAGUUGCGAAAAUAUCGCUGUUUUGCUAUCGCAAACAGCAAGGUCGCAACUUCUGAGACAAUGAACCUCGUUGGCGCCGAACUUCUGAACUUUGUUUUAGGUUUCGCGUUUUGGUUGGCUGUAUUGACAAUGUGAUUUCGGAGUUUGCAGCAUCGUUUAGAAUUUCCCACUUACCUUGGCCAGGUGGGCGACUUGAGUGUCUAAAAUUUGCUUAAAUGAGUAGCCGAGUCUCACGAUCAUGCCGCAGAACGCACAAAUCUGUACUUCAGCGGACCACCGAGUUUGUCAACAUUGUGGAGAAUUGAAGAAUUGAGCAAGGGACAUUUCAGUAAGACCCUUACAAGCGAAGUUUACAACUGUGCUCAGAAUUUGAUGCAGUAGCUUUCGAAUUUGAAUACUUCUGGGUUUGCACAGGGUUUCGAGAUAUGGUAAAUGGCGACAUUUUCAUCCUGAAAACGUUCUGUUGAUGAUCGAAUCCCCCCAGAAAACCGGAUCUCUUGAAAAGCCCAGAGAAUCCAAAAAUAAAGAAAAUAAUGUGAUUUACUGAUUUAGGACGCCGUAGAAAGUGUGAAAAGCCAGGUCACUGGCUAAGCCACUAGGAAAAGUCAGGCAAUGUUUUCACUGUAGCGAGCGACAACCCAGUUGGGAGUUACUACUUUCUUUACUUCCACCGUACACUUUCUUCAAAUAAGAUUGUCGUCCUCACUGCAUUAAUACUCUGCCAUGUUAACGAACACGGUGACCCACCAAAAUGGAGAUUCGUGUGUUCCGCGCAUGACUGUGGAAGUCGGUUAUUUUUUCAGCAACAACCCAGAAGAUGUGCCGUCUUCCUUCUGCCUUACACGAAUCACUGUGAAAGGCCCUUGUAUUGUUAUCAGAGUGGCUUUCCUUGGAGGAACGCCUGGACACAUCCGACAUGAGGUCUGUAAAGUUUUGUUAUGUUAUUUUGUAACUGCUAGUUCUUGAUGAGGUUAAUCCGGAUUGAGAUAAUCUUAGUUUGUUCACUGGUUAUCGUGUAAAGCAGUUUUCGCUGGAUUCAGUUGUCGCGAAACCAAGACCAAAGCGAUAUUUCAUGGCCAAUCAGAAAGACGAAGACAACGCAACCAACCAAUCAGAACUCGAGAAAAUUUAUAUGUGGCCGUUGGUAGCUCUCCUCGAGCGAGGGAAAAUACGGGCUAGUUGGACAUGUGUGAUGUUGUUCCACUUCUGAUUGGAUUAGAAAGUGGCACAAUAUUUUUUUGUCCUCCAUUACUUACAACGUUUUUGAUAUACUUGGUUAAAGUAACUCGAAAUAACGAGAAAGGCAUAAACUAAACAUUACGAUUUGUAUUCAUUUUACAGUCUGGAUGAAUUUUUCGCUACUGUUCUGCCGAUCAUAUUUUUUAUCAUUCACGUUUUAUUUUUCAUUUCCUUUGCACUAGAUUGUUUCAGAUCUAAAGACGAAGCUGUCCAAGAUCGAGGCACCUCUAGGAGUGAAUCUCAAACCUCAGAAACCCCCAGUCAAAGGAAAAAGCCUGCAACGCGCAGCACAGAUAUCAAACAAGAGGGCAGUGGCCGCAAAACCUUGUACCAUCAUGUUCGAUAAACCCCUGGAAAAAAUCCUUGUUCGGUAUGAAAAAAUUCCCGAGGGUAUGUUGACUCCCUUCCCGGAGAGACCGCAUUACUCUGUGUAUCCGAGCUUGACGGGAGUUUAUGCGAACAGGACAAAUGAGAAUCACAUGAAGGUGCUGUGUCACUAUCUUCACCAUCAUCGAUGGAUAUGGACCACGCAAGAGGAAGGAUCGCCGGCAGUGCCUGCUGAGGACGUAGCGAGGGUACUGUCAACUCUUACAAAGUAAGGGCAGAUUCAAUUGUUGAUUCGCAGUUGGACUCAUUAAGUAUGCACAUUCACAUGGAGGGGGGGGUGAGGACAAGAGACAAGGGGAGAGCACUUGUUUCCCCCCACACACACACACCACCCAUCAAUGUUGCCUGUCUUCAAAUCCCAUUAUUUCUAAACUUUGUGACGAAAACAAAUUUAUUAUUUCCAUAGGUGGGUCGAAUUUGCUCUUGUUUCUCGUCCUUACUUUGGGAGAAUUUUCUCUGAGAACUCCGGUUCUCCCCUCUCCUCAAAGCCGACAUUUCCUAACUCAAAAUCGAUCUGGGCACGCACGAACAUUUUUAAUUGCUUUCUUCGGGGCUCCUAGGUGUUUUUGUGGGCAAGCAAAUUUCGCUAACAGCGUAUAUAUUUUGAACCUCAAAGAGUCUUUUUUGGGGCUAUUCUCGUUCAAGGAGUUAUUGACGGUUUUUUCUCCAAUCGCGAAGCGUAAAUCGCUGUUGAAAAUUGACAUAUAUCGGCUGACUGAAGCCGAAUAUAUACAUCGGUUAUCACUCUUUGUUCGAAAGUUGAAUAGUGCCAUGGACGGGAUAAGCACCAGGAACUAAUUGCGUUAUGUACUGGUAAAGAUUAAUCCAUUGCUUAGUUUAAAUUUUUGGUGCUGCAAGUUUAAUAAUUUAUUUUCAAAUUCGUAUUCUAGGUUACGACUUCAGGAGGGGUACAACUUUGUGAACAACAACGCAGGAAUUAUUACGAUGGCGAAAGAACUCAUUAUGAAGGUAGGAAGAAUUGGUAAAAAUCGUUUAGCAUGACACGAUCUUUGCGUGCGAUGUUAUGUAAUAUUUAGAACACUAACACGUUUCACGAACACGUUUUAUCACGUUUCAGAAUUUGAGCGCGAAACGCGAGAAUUUUUGACUUGACAGUUACAUGUUAACUGGAUUAUCCAAGUCUUUCGGAUCUACUGAAUGUAACAGUGUCUAGUUAAACAUUAAAAGAUGGGAAAGGCUUGUUUUCGUAUUGCACAAGUGCGCGUUAUGGAAUUCGAGGUAUAAAGUGGACAGAAACUCCAUAAGCUUCUUUUAUAAGGUCUAACAACUCUUUCCACUCCAGGAGUGAAAGUAUGCCUAUUAAUAUUUUGUAUGUUGAUAACAAUUGUAUUUCUGGGCUUGAAAAACAACUUGAGUUCUAACUUACCGUUUGGACAAGUAACGCUCAGAUUUUCCUUGUCUCAGAUAGCUGCAUAGGAUACUUUAGAAACGAGACGAAGUGGAGAAUGGUUGUCUUUACUUUUAGUUACAAUGGACUUGCCUGGGUCCUUGCCCAAUGAGCAAAAGAGUAUGAAACAAUACUUGCCUGGAAGGAAAAACUCCUUAUUCCAAUCUAUGGGAAUUACUUUUGUCUUUUUCGAGCCCUGUAUAUGUGAGAAUCAAGAAGCUUUGACGGCCUAGUAAAGUCAGUUGUUGUUUUUUUCUAUUCGGCCAAUAGGACCACACGAAAGAAGAUGACCAGUUUUACUCCUGUAUCAUUCAGUACGUGCUGUUCCCUCCGUAUCUUCAGCCAUCCGAAGCUGGUCGAGGAGAAGAAGCAAUAGCUGACUGGACAUUAGAAGGAAAGCCAGCCUUGGGGAAUACGGGGCAAAAGUUCAACAUGGUGACAGAGGUCUGGGCCGAGCCUCAGUUUGGGGUACUCACUGAUUUGCCUUCAGAGCUGAAAUAUCUAGAUGGACUGAAAUAUAACGAGGUUCCAGAUGCGGUAUGUUGAUAAGGAUGAUCGGACGUUACCAUUCAAAUGAAACUUCUUGGGCAGUAGUUUCACAUGGUACUAUUUAUUUAGUAUGUAGUUCUACCGUAUUGUUCCGAAAUUAAGGACCCUCGUUACUUUCGGAUUUAGCAUCCCUCUGCUAUUGUUACUCUCGGAGGCUCGCUACUUUCUGGGGGUCGUUACUUUCGGAUGGCUGAAACGUGUACUCUACAUGGGCACUUCAGAAAAUAAAGUCGCAAAAAAGGUGAAAGAAAUACUUUUGAGAAACGGUAAUGUAUAUCCUAAACUUUAAUAGUUAUCAAUAGGAAUGUCAAAUAAUAGCUAUUAAUAAACCUCGGAUCAGUGUGGUAUUUGUUCAGAAUAUCAAUCAUAUCCGUUAUUUUUUUGCAAAAAGGAAAACUAGUUUUGAGGUCUCUACUUUCGGAGGGUCGUUAUUUUCGGGGGGAUCUCUACUGUCUGGUAACACCUGUGACGUUUUAUCGCUACUUUUGAGGGGUCGUUACUUUCGGAACUUUACGGACUUUUGAAUUUGUGAAUGAAGUCCUAUGGUGUUACCAUUCAAAUGAAACCUCUUCAGCAGUACUUUCACAUGGUACUAUUUAUUUAGUAUGUAGUUCUAACUUUUGAGUCUGUGAACGAAAUCCUAUGGUGGAAGCAUUCAAAUGAAACCUCUUCAGCAGUACUUUCACAUGGUGCUAUUUAUUUAGUACGUAGUUCUAACUUUUGAGUCUGUGAAUGAAAUCCUAUCGUAUUACCAUUCAAAUGAAACCUCUUUAGCAGUACUUUCACAUGGUACUAUUUAUUUAGUAUGUAGUUCUAACUUUCGAGUCUGUGAAUAAAAUCCUAUGGUAUUACCAUUCAAAUGAAACCUCCUCAGUCGUAUUUUCACAUGGUACUAUUUAUUUAGUAUGUAGUUCUAACUUUUGAGUCUGUGGAUGAAAUCCUAUGGUAUUACCAUUCAAAUGAAACCUCCUCAGUCGUAUUUUCACAUGGUACUAUUUAUUUAGUAUGUAGUUCUAACUUUUGAGUCUGUGGAUGAAAUCCUAUGGUAUUACCAUUCAAAUGAAACCUCCUCAGUAGUACUUUCACAUGGUACUAUUUAUUUAGUAUGUAGUUCUAACUUUUGAGUCUGUGGAUGAAAUCCUAUGGUGUAAUCAUUCAAAUGAAACCUCUUUGGCAGUACUUUCACAUGGUACUAUUUAUUUAGUAUGUAGUUCUAAUUUGUGAGUCUGUGGAUGAAAUCCUAUGGUGUUACCAUUCAAAUGAAACCUCUUUGGCAGUACUUUUCAGUACUUUCGUUUUUUCAGCCUUUUACAAAACGGAAUUUAGUAGCGUUUUCAAAGUUGACAUUGGCCAUCUCUGUGAGAGAAAGAGUUGAUGCCUUUUCUUUUCUUCUGAACAGAUUUUUCAAGUGGAUUUAAAACACGUCUCAGCGCUGCUUACUUAUGAUCAUCUGUGGGCCAUGAGUGACGACAAGACUGUCACCACUCCUCAGAGGAUUGUCAAGACGUCGAAAGUGGAGCCCUCAUUAAUCCACAGUAACUGGGUCGUAGAGCAACUGCCCUUUCCCUUUGAUGUCAUUGGUCUACUACCAAAGUCUCGACAAGUUGAGAUGGUGUUUUCAUCCCUCAUUGAGACAUUACCACAAGGUAGAUAAAUACGCAACCCAUGUCUGUGAUAACUUUCGGGAUACUUUCUAGAACAUAAAAUAAUUGUUACCAGGUGGAACUUUGUCUGAGACUGCACGGGCAGAAUUCUUUAACCCCAAAAAAGGUCUUUUAUGAGACUUAGACCUUACAUUUCGCACUCCUUUCUAACGGCAUAUUGUGUUCUUGAAAAUUAAGUUUUCCGCUAUGAGGCGUGCUUAUAGGCCAAAGAAACUCUAUAUAAGCUAUCUUUCGACAAACCGGGGUUAAUUUUCUAAUGCUUGUUGCGCCUAAUUGUUCCGAUAUGUUCGCCAAUGUGGAGUGUUUCCUGGAUUUGCUUACCUCCGUCGAUGUUAAACUUAAAGUCACAUCGAUAGUGCAUCUUUAUCAGGAAGUUUAGGAGAUAAAGGGCUGUUCAGUUCUGCAAAUAUACUCCAAAUAGCAGAUGCCGUCUGUCGAGUUGUCUUCUUGCUGUUCUUGUUAUGUUUUUAGACAAUAGUUUGCCGUGAAACGAUUACAAUGUUCCGCCAUUACUCACUUCGAAAGCAACUCAACUGGUCAACAGUAGCUGGUUAUGAUGAAUUAUGCGUGAGAUUUUAGCCAAUCAGAAACGGAGGAAUAUUUUGUAUGAAUGAUAACGUCAUUUGGUGUUCGCACUCGUUCGCAACACCAAGAAACUAUCAUUUGUUCAUCAGCCGCUAAAUAACGCAGCACGUGAUACCAAAAAGACGCCAGCAUUCGGUCGAAUUAACAUGUCGUGCAAAACAGCAUUUGUUUGGACCAUUAAAUGUAGAGACUUGCAACAUGGUCUGCCAUUCGUGUCCUAAAAUUUGUGCGGUGGUGAAUUUUGUGAGAUCGUUUUAGUGGUGAAAGAAAAUGAUGAAAAUGCAACUCUCUGGUCUAAAGUCACUGACGAGUGUUGGCGCUGUGACGAAUGGUGUGACGGUGACGAGUCGUGCGACUGUGACUUUGUUUUAUGUUUUUUUCCUCAGCUGCAGCUGAUAGCAGUGACUCGCCUAAUGAAAACCUUUUCAAACUCCUCCUUGAAAACAUGGAGCGAUUGAAUGAUCGCGAAAUCACCCUCACUGAGGCAGAUUGGCAACGAUUCACGCAGCACGUUCAAAGCAGGAGAAGAAAUGGCGUGCCGUUACCAUUCCCAGAAGAGAUCUGUCAAGUGGAAGAUCCUGGUCGAUCCACUGGUCGAUCCACAGUGGCUGACAUUCUUGGAGCAGAUAAAAAGUCAAGGCAAAAGAGCGCCUUGUCGAUGAAGUGGAGGUGUUUUAUUCGUGCUGUGGCUGGUCUUGGUUGCGGUCGCAUCAUUUUAACGUUUCUUCCAGCGAGCUUAAAGCACGUACAGCUUAUGGGCAAGAAGGGACGCAGCAGAAGUUCAAGUUUCGGUAGCGGUGCCAAAACUCCAGAUCAAAGUGCCAAAAAGAACAUAGAAGCGCAAAAGCAGGGCCCUUUGAUGACCCAGGGCUCUUUAGAAGGUUCGCUGGAAAGUCAUUAUUAGGGUACUUUUAAUUAAACCAAGAGUGCCUUUUUGUUAUUGUAAGUAUCGUUAUUAUAAACUUAAUUGGGUUGUCAGGAGUGUCCAGAUCUUGAAAAGGCAGCUCCAAUAGGCCAUUUGCACGAUGGCUUCAUUGUAUUGUAUUGUACGUCAUUGCGUUGUUGUAUUUCCCUACGUUAUUUUUUAUUGCUAAUUUGGCCUUGUUUUUCAUUAUGGCCUAACCUUCUUUGCUCUUUGCAGAUAAGAGCUUGACUCCAACACCCACAGUGGAAAGAGACGAAAGCACUUUUGCUUUCUCCCCGCAACCUGACAGUUCAAGCGUUAAAGCUCAGGAGACGAAAGCAGAGCUUUCAGUGAAUAGUGAUGAUGAGAAGAAAUGUGUCACAUUUGAAGAGAAAACCACGGCCAUCAACGAGGAGCCGGUAUUUCAUGAUCGCUGCGCAAGUGAAGAUAGUGACACUUUCAGUUUCAAUAUCCCCAUUUAUUGUUAUGACUGCCCCUUAUCAGCCCUGAUAUCGGUACCUGACAACAAGUCUGUUGUGGAAUCAUCACCAGAAGAAGCGAAAAGACGGGAAGAUAUCUUUCAAGAUUUUACUCAAUUUGCAGCCAGCAUCUUCGUCGACCCGUUUAACGUGGAUGAGGUCCCUAGGUCUUUAGAAGGUCGAACAAAAGGACGGUUUGGCGCCUCUAAAGACUUGCUCCUUCACUCUAAUGCGGUUCAUGAUCUGUUCUGCCGAAGUUUUGUGUCAUCGACAUUUACCAGUUUACAGCAUGGACAACAACUGAACAUGCGUGACGUCCAAUCAGCGGUUGAUGCGUGCGAGGAAAACUUCCUUGAAGUAGACAUCACAGAGUUUAUCCAUACCCUGUGUGGGCAUUACGUCAAGAAAAUGGCGAAUAGAAAAGCUGCCAGGGACGCUCAAACGAGCGAGAAGCUUCAGUCGGUUCCAAUUUCCUUGCCUCCAGCCAGUAAUGGAGAACGUGUUAAGAUUUUGAAGGAUAGCUUAUUAGGAGAGUGCGAGUCUGUACCCGGGCUUCACAAGUCCAUCACAGCUAAGUUUAUGUCAGUACUUGGACGAUACUUCAAAGCUGUUCCUCCGAGCGGAGAAUACUUCUUUUACUGCCCUCAACAGUCUGAAGGGCCUAGAAAGGUAGGCGCCGAUCCAAGUGUGAAAUCUUCUUAAUAAGGGGUUAAGCAACAAUGAUAGCGCGCGGCGGCAACGAGAACAGUAAAAAGCAAAACGGUUUGGUGUGACAUUAUGUUAGGCUUCAAUUCUUUUUCAAGACUUUGUUUUCCCGCGUAACUCCAUCAUUAUAAACGUCCGCAAACUCCGCUGUGGUAGUUGGUCGUCUAGACAGAAGAUCCUAUACCUCGUCCUCCAUUGGUGGAAAAAUCUAGUCUGCUCUUUUUGGCUAAGAAUUUUUUGGCGCAAAAGAGGAGUCUAUAAAUAGCCUAACAGUGUGGCACCCCUGUGACCCCGCCCUUUAUAUUUAGAUGAUGGGCUUCAAGCGCAGUGUUAGCCAUUUUGAGUUUGUGCGUGGGAUCGGGUCGGUGUUGUGACGAAUUGCACCAUGGGACUGGUUUGGAGAUUCCAUUGCUUCUUUUAUUGGCUAUUACAAGGUUGCACAGGAACCUGGGUCAAAAUUGCCCCGCCCCCCCGAAACAAUCCCAUAGUGCACUUCGAUACAACACUGAGCCAGCUUACUGCUCAACCUCAAAAUGGCUAAUAGAGACCUUCAAAAACAAGUAGUGCACGCGUGCACCAGCGUCAUUUUGGCGGGAAAACAUGGUAGCUGUGGUCAUUCUUUUACUAGUUUUAGCGAGAAUGUCGUAGUGGCGAAAACAAGUUAUCAAAUGUUAGAACUUUUAUCAUUUUGUGGGCAGGAGAGGGCCUAAAAAGACUGUGUCAACCUUUCGGCUGAAAAAUUACAAUGAAGCGUUUAAGGGUGUCCUUUUUUUAGAAUACUCGAAAAAAAACCUUUAAGUCAAUUCUCAUCCCCGUAGUUGCUCUUGUACUCUAAUCUAAAGGUCUCUGUGAAUGGUUUGAACCCAGGAGUCAUUUUAUAAAUAGGUUUAGGAUAAUCAUACGGGGGAUUGUAGUCCUGAAUAGGACUGUUGUUGACGGUGACUGACAGUUCGUAGUCAUCUUCAAAGUCAAAGUGAGUUGUAUCUUAAUAACAGUACAAACGACUUAUUGACGGACUCAAGCAAAACUAACUACGAAGGAAUGUCUGGACAUCCAUCAAUUUGACUAACAAACGACUGUUUAACAGUGACAAUAGACGGAUCGAAACGCACCAAUGACAUUACGAGUCUUCAUAGCCAAUAAUAUCACGGCUUAACUGAUAGACGACCAAUAACAUCGCAACUCAAGUGACCAAUCAGAUCAACAACCAGAGUUUAAUAUCAUCAACUGACGUGACACAACUCACUUUAACUCUGAAGAUGAUUGCCGCAGAGGUUGUUGAAACGUCAGUCAGUCCUAUUCAGGACUACAUUCACCCGAACAAUCAUGCUUAACCUACUUUUAAAGGUCUCUAUUAGUAUUCUGAGUGUGAGUCCAGCACUUAACCAAAUUGUUUUUGCUUGUUUAGUCUAUCGCAGAAUCAUUUUCCGACUUUACUGACGUAGUCACCGAAGAUGAUUCUCAGGGCCAGGACAGUGAUAUUGGUUCAGAUACCUUUGAGGAUGUAGGUACUGGGAUCCUGAUAGACCAUGAUGGUGUGUUUCAUGACAUGGAUGAUGAUUCCUCUGAUUUCGAAAGUGAAGGAAGUAUCAGAGAAUCCGAAGGUUAGUGAUUUAACGUUUUGUAAUUGUCCAGUUUCCAAUUCAUCGCGGCCGCUGGAUAAAAGCGCCAAAGACUCAUUUGUACAGGGAUAGCCUCGACCACAAAUACAGGCGAGAUUUUGAGUUUAAAACAAUGGACACAGUUGUAUACAAGUGACUGACAGGUUGACUGGAAUUUGUUAAUAUAUUUACCUGAUGUUAAGGCUAACCCUGUAUUAGUGAGUCUUCGGUUCUUCUAUUCAGCGGCCGCGACGAAUUCGAAACUGGACUAUUGAACGCGGCAGCGUUGUCAUAGGAGCACCAGCAUUUUACUGAGCAAGGAUUAGCAAAGUUGGUAAGGGCGGAGCCUUCAAUACAGGAGACCAAGGUGUGAAUUAAAUCCCUGUUUUUUUUUUUUACUUUUCCGUGUAGAAGACGCGCUGAGAGGUCGUCAAAAUAAGGGUACCGUUGGCCUCAGGCCCCGAGGGGCUCCAUGAUUACGGAUGUUGCCUGUAGGGCGCAGUUACUUUAUUGGUGUUAAAUGGGGAAAAUGCAGUUGAAUGUGCCUUUGGUGGGUAAAUCUUAAUCCACUGAAUAACGCAAUUGCUCUCCCUUAUCCACUGGAGAAGAAUGCACUAUCAUCUGUAAUAACAGGGCUCGAGCGCGCGAAAACUAGUAUGAUUUGAUUUAGCAUAGACUAAUUUAAUUUCCAUGUUUUUUUAUUUUCACAUUAUUGUCUUUGUUAUAAAGGGGAAGCCGAAGAUGAGGAACAUUCCAAAUCGCCCUUGUUUUUAAUGCUGACAUGUUCGCUGAGAGACAAGAGCAGCCACACACAGCCCAUGACUCCUGUUUCUAUCAACAUGCUACCUGUGUGUUUAGGUAAUGAUUAUAGCGGAUUUCAGCUCAAGCAUUGACUUUCUAUCUUAGGCCCCGUCCACACGAAUCCGGAUAUCUUUGAAACUGUAUAUUUGUUUUCACCCGUAUUCAUGUGGACGGGUCUUCGGACCACUGUGAAGAGAGGUUUUACAAAGAUGGGGUUUCGGUGAGCGAGUUCACUGUUUUCGCGUGGACGGAAGGCGGAUCCAGGGGAGGGGCCCGGAAGACCUGCCCCCCCCCUUAUUUGUAGACCAAAUUGAGCCCUGAAGGGCUAAAAAACAAUUUUUGGAGACCGGGCCUCCCCUUACCUCGGGGGCUGGAUGACCGCUCCCCCCCCUCCUCUUUCCUGGAUCCGCCUCUGUAAUGUGCAUUUUUGUUGUUUACUUCUCAACUUCAUUGCUUUCAAACGACCAUUUAAUUCGCAACACUGACUAAAAUGGUUAAAAAGUGGCUAAGCAAUUAAGUGACACACACUUUGAACGGUAUGAUAAGUUUUGAGUUGGCGACCGACAUGACGAAGUCGUGUGAUUACAUUUUUGAUCCUCUUUCCCAUAGGAGAAAUCAUCCGGAAGUGUGAAGACGAUGAAGAAUUCUUGGAUCCUUUCAGUUCCUCGGUUCGCAUAACCCUUGAUCUCAUCUGCCUGACACUGUCUCCCGAACAGGAUUACUCCGUGCUCAAGUCCUCAGCCCGAAGCGCCCCCUCUCGCUCCAAUUCCUUCUCAAGCACUAGUUCUCCCGUGUCACUCUCCCCUCUGGAUAAACGAUCUGGUUUGUUUGAAUUCAGGCGGCAAGAUUCAAAAGCCACCUCUCAUGACAUUGACGGGUAAGGGAAGAAGAAAGAGCAUACUAAGGCAGUUUAUCUUGAACAAGCGUAAUUUAUAAAUGUAGCUUCUUGAUGAUACGCACGGGUACCGUAAAAUUCCGAAAAUAAGCCCCGGGGCUUAUAUUUUUCAAAGGCCCUUUUUGAGGGGCUUAUUUUUGGAGGGGCUUAUUUACGGACAGAAAUUUGCGUUUCAAAAUCGAUUAGACUAGCCUUAUAGUUGGAAGUAGAUUUACCGUUUUUGCUUUGUUUUACUUUGUAUUUGAGGGCAAUUUUCCAAGUACAAGCCCCUGGGGGCUUAUAUUUGGAGGGGCGAUUUAAAGGAGGGUUUUUUGCGUUACCGGUUUGGGGGGCUUAUAUUUGGAGGGGCUUAUUUUCGGAAUUUUACGGUAUUCUACGGAUUUCGUUGUAUUAAAAGUUCCAGCAAAGGUUAGAUGUCCCCACAUCUUAUUUACUUAAACAUCAAAUAAGGGAUUUAUUAUUCCAUUUCAACGUCCCGCCCUUAGUUGCUUCAAUUACCCUCGGCAAAAAAAUUGUCGAACCAGUUAUCUAAAGUGCAAUGGCUAAUGUAUGAGUGCAAUAACACUGUCAUUUAUUGUGGAAAGAUUGAACCCAGGAGUUAUUUCAUUAGUAGCUUGAGCAGGAUUGUCACGGUGAACGUAAUUCCGAAUAGGGUUGUUGUUGACAGUGACUGGCGUUUCAACAACCUGUGCUGUAGCCAUCUUCAGAGUCAGAGUGAGUUGUAUCAAGUCAGUUGAUGGUAUUUAACUCUGGUUGUUGAUCUGAUUGGUCAAUUGGGUUGCGAUGUUAUUGGUCGUCUGUCAGUUCAGCCGUGAUGCUAUUGGCUAUAAGGACUCGUAAUGUCAUUGGUGCGUUUCGAUCCGUCUGUUAUCACAGUUAAACAGUCGUCUAUUUUUGGUCAAAUUGUUGGUUGUCCAGAUAUUCCCUCGUAGCUAGUUUUGCUUGAGUCCGUCAAUAAGUCGUUUGUACUGUUAUUUAUUUCCAGAAUCGAAAGCAUGGAUCCCCUUCACGGUCUGGUCCAUUCGCAGCGCCAAGCUGUAAACCUCACAUGUGAUACAAUUCGCUGGCUUCUCCAGGAUGAGAUAGUCUCUGAGCUCCGUCACAUCGGCCCUGUGAACAGUACAAUGCUGGAGAAAGUCGAGAACCAUGUUAAGCAGAGUAGUGAAGAUCAUCCAUCCUGCAUUUCGCGUCAUGUGCGUCUACAGUUUGUCUACGGUGCUGAGCAAAGCUUGGAGCUGUUUGUUAAAGAAUUUGAGAGAAUCAACUUGCCGGAAUACUCCAUAAAUAAAGUGGAAAAGCACUACUAUUUGACUAGGUAAGCGAUCACUUUGCAGGAAUGUCGAACUGGUUGCGGUCGUUCAAAAGCUAGAGAGCGCCAUUGGGUAUGUAUUAGGAAAUCAGUUGCGCUAUUCAGUGGAAAAUGAUUUAUCCCGUGAAGUGUACUAUCCACUUUUUUAACAACUUGUGCGUGAUAUUUACUUAAAAACACUUCAAUCGCCCUAUCCAACAAUUCUUUCAUUUCUGUGUCGUUAGCUUUGUCGACAGAGAGGUUGCCUUUGCUUCGCCAAGGGCACCUGAAGAAGACUCUAGCGAAGCUAAGAGAGAGGAGCAGAAAGCAGUCGAUCAAGGAGAUUGUGGAUGCGAUUCAACGACUCUAACGCCUGAAUCAGCCAGUUACAGCCUCGAGGAAACCCAGCAACCUUCAGUCGAUGUGAGCGUGAAUGUCGAAACAGGAGAAGAAGAGAGCGCAGUCAGUUCUGAGCCCUUCGCCGCAACAAGUAAUGAUCUGUUAGCUAUUUACUCAGACGAACAAACUGAAACGGCGCAGAAAGAAGAGUGUAGUGACUCCGAAACUUCCAUGGAACUUCCGGUGGUCACGAUAUCUGAUGAAGGGCCCGGAAAGACUAGAGAUGGUGAAACCACCCUGGCCUCCAAACACCCACUUCUCGGUGACAUAGGUAAACAGGAACCUCUACAAGUGGAACCAAGCACGCCUGAAAAAGACACCUCUUUUACGUCGUCAGCGAAUAGCACACCCCUAGGGAAGCUGGUAAUUCCCUCUUUAGAGGAAAGCAAUGCGGAAUCCAUUGGUAUUGGGGGAGAAGAUGUGGUUGAGGAUAGCGGCACCCCUAGCCCUCGUACACCGCGUCAAGAAGAUCAGAGUUGCUUAUUGGCUGAAGAGUACUUACCGUUUUGGGUGGUGAUGAGGAUAUUUGAUGAUGAAGUGACUAUCUUCUUUCAUCAAAGGUACUGGAAACUGAACGUCAAAAAGAAAACAACAAGCUAAACAGAAUACACUAUAACAAUAGUCAUUCGUAAAUGGGCACGUUGUAUUUGGUCCACAGAUCCAAAAGAUUGAACUACUUUCAUCAACAUAGACCACGAGUAGUCCCACAUUUUCUACAUGGAUAGUAGAGCGAACGAAAUAUGGGUGCAAGCGUGAAAAUCGCCAACCAAGUGUCACCUUCCUCGUGGUGGCUACCUGUAAUGUCUUGCGCACUCGCGUGUUUGAGAGCGUAAAAACCGCCCCCUGCGCUUCACCUUCCUCUGGGUAGCUACCUGUAAUCUCCUGCUCGCUCGCGUGUUUCGCAGGCUGUGCUAUGCCAGAGGAAAAUGGCGGAUCACUCGUAGUCCAUCAGCAUUACAGGUGAAACCUGUAAUGAGGUCGCGGGUGAACGUGGGUCGGCGUCGUGUUUAAUUGCACCACAAAGUAGGUCCUUCGCAGCUAGUCCUUUGCGUGGUGCAAAACCACCAUGCUGGAGGACGCACUGUGACAAGAAAAACGAAAGAAAUUGCCGUUUUGAAUAAUGUACGCCUUUUGUUUGUCUUCUCCUAGUGCUUCUCUUGCUCUCAAGUAUGGCAGGUUUGUACCACGUGAAGGGCUAUCCGCAAAGGGCCAAUUGCACAGGAAACUUGGGCAAAAUUUUCCCCAAGGCCGGGUUGUUGAAAGCUGGGUUAAGAUAACCCAGGGGUUAGUGUGAAAUUUGAAUUCAGAUAAGAAAGCUUAAGCAAUAAAUUCGAUUGAAUUCUCUCUCGUUGAUGCUCUUAGAAAUAACAAAGAAAAUUAUCUGAGAAAAUGCUUUUGAAUAAAAGAAAAAGAAACCCGGGUUAAAUUUAACCAUUGGUUAAGCGCCAAUCGGCCUUCGAACAAAUGGGCCUAGAACAUUCCCACUGUUCGCUUUAACAGCCAGCGUUUUGAUUAAUGUCACCGCACGAUUGGCCAAUGGGUGCUGCCCUGGCAGUAUAUUUCCGUUGAAUAGUUACACUUAAGGAUUUCAGUGAAAAAUAAUAGCAGCCAUUAAGUAGUAGUUCGUGACAAAGUGAGCUGUAUAUUUAUAUGGAUAUGGCACGAUUUUUAAAUGUAGAGAGCCUGAUGAUUCUAGAGCGUUCUGUGCCACGAGAGCUACAGGUUUGGUGGAGAUGGUGAUCAACGCAAUUCACGAAAAGUGCCGCAUUGUUAACCAGGUAAGUGGAUUGGAAACUACCGUUCCCUGCAGCCGAAUACAUUUAACGAUGCCUGCGAACUGUGAUUACAGUUUGUCUAUUUUGGGGCUGAAGCAUCUGAGUUUUGUACCUUCUCCUAGAAUUAGCUAACCAGUAAAUAAACCGAAUGACUUAACAAUUUUACACAAGUAACGAGGAGAGACUAUUAAAUGCCCCCUUUAAAAGGAACUUUCUUCAGUGGCUAUUGUUUUGGAUUUUCCGUAAAGGAACCUGACGAAUUGGUGAUUUCAACCAAGAACAUACUCGUUUAACUCCAGACGUUAGCAGUUUCGUCUCACGUUAGGUUUUAAAGCAACUCGCCCCAGAACUGUUCCUUGUGGUUUUUCUGGUUUGGCAUGAUCUUUGUAUAGUGUCAUUUUGUCUUAGAGAAAGGUCCUUUGCGCACUAGCUUGCUAACUGAUCUAUUCUUUGGUUUGUUUGUUUUUUUUAGCGCAUGUUGUUACAGGAAUUGUAUGAAACCAAGGUGUGCAAUUCAAUGUUGUUUCCUGAAUCAGAUGAAGAUAUCUGGAAACACGAAGAACUAACGAUGUCAGUGUCGCCCCUGGGAGUGCAUAUCACCAAAGGAGAUAGCAAAGGUAGCUAACAUUGGACAAACAUUGGGUUCAUAUGGGGCUUUCAUCGGGCCUAGGUGUAUGACAAGCGUAUAUAGCUGAGCGGGUAAAUAGUGCCACUUCUGGCCAUGGGAUUGCACGGAUAGACAGCAAACGUGAGAAAACACAUAAGGUAUAUUGGACAAAUGUCGGGCAAACUUAGAAGGGUAUUGAUCAGCCUUUGGGUGCAGUAUUCAAUGAGAACGCCUUAGUGAUAGAAAAGAGGGAUGAAUUUGGAAAAUGUGCUUGCCCUUGUGGAAUUUAGAUUUUUUGGAGUUAUGUCGCUUUAGAUUUGAGGACGAUGACGACAUUUACAGUGUUCUUGCCUAUUUUCCGGAAAGCUUCAUUGUAUAUACCUUUUUCACCCCAAUAGUUAGCACGCUUAUUUCCGUUUAAGGAGGUAAAGCCUUCUUCCGAUCGCUAAAAUUAAAGAUAAACCUACUAACUUUUAAUAACUUGUUUUCGCCAGUACGACAUUCUCGCGAAAACUCGUAGUAGACUGACGACGGCUACCACAUUUUCCCGCCAAAAUGACGCUAGUUCGCGCGCGCACUAUUUAGUAUUGGGAAUAUCUCGUUCUCGUAGUCGUCCUCGUCUUAGACUGUAAAGCUCUAUAUGUUUAUCAAAUGGUGUUUCUUUAGGCCGUGUUACCACCAGAUUCGUUCAAGUGCAGUUUCUUUUUCAACCCGGACACUUUGGCUGUAACAGUGUCUGGUACACUCAUCUACCAGUCCAUCAGAGACUAAUGGAUACUCCGGGACGGACCGGGAUCUCUCGAGGGUUCAAGGCCGUGAAGAGCGUGCUGGACAGGUUUGGAGUGAGCAACAGAAAGGACAUGUUUGUGUACAAAGAUAGUGAUGGAGCCGUGUUCUACUUCAGGUGAGUAUUCUGCUUUAGCAAGGCGGCUUUUAAGUUGUGGAUUCUUUGCCAUAUGGUCUCCCAGCCUGCGUGUAAGCGUCUCUUAUUUUCUUUAGGGAGCUUUAGCAUUGACGACGGCAACUGCAGCGAAAACGUCAGCUUUAAAACGAAUUCCCGUUUUUUCAAUCUUUGUCGCGUUUAUUCCAAUUUGCUGAAAAUGGCAAGUGUAGGCGAAUUUCCCUGGAGUUGAUUUCUUGAGGACCGCACUCAAGUUUAGAGAGAGAAAAAGAGAUUCGUGGUCGCUUGUUUACGUCCUUCAUAAAACUUGCAAUUAGGCAUUUUCACGUCGUAGUCGCGCAAGGACGGUAAAGAAAUGUACAAAAAAGCGUGAUGCACGUUUUUGCGUAAAAAACCUAUUGCUUUUUUGACGUCCUCUUUGCCGUCACCGUCGUCGUUGCUAAAGCUCCCUUUUAUUCAACGAAGGAGACGUCUUCACGCGGACUUAUGGCUGCCUCAGCAUCAUUUCCUUCGCGCCAGGAGGCACUUAACCAUGUCCAUCUUUCUCUAUCUUACUAUAUUUCUAUACCGUAAACUUCCGCUUAUAAUCUCUGGGCUUAUACGUUUUAGGAGGGCUUAAAAAGCGGACUGAAAAAAUCGUUUCAAAACAAGCUGCGUAGCAGUGCUGAUCAAAAUCCUUUCUGAAUUUAAACUUCAAAACGUCGUAAAAAAUCGCAUUCAUUUCAAUACAAGCUAGAGGGCGCUUUUAUCCAUAGUUAUUUUAGUAUUAGUAGUAGUAUUUAUUGCCUGAUGUAUUUUCCGUGUAUAAAUAAUAAAGAUGAAUGAUGAUGAUGAUGAUGAUGAUGAUGAUGAUGAUGAUGAUAAUGAUUUAUCCAGGGGGGCUUACUGGGGAGGGGGCUUAUAAGCGGAAGUUUACGAUAUAUCGGCUACUACGUUUGGCAGUUUUUCACUGCCAAACGCACGAAGGUGUCUUUUUAUGGGUAAUAAAUGAUGCUUUGAUGGCACUUUUAGGAGCCUGUUUUCAGAAAGUUUACAUUUGUAGGGUUUUCUCUCAGUGUGAACUCUUUCACAUAUCCUAAGGUUUCCUGCUUGACUAAAACACUUGCAACACUUGCCAAGUUUAAAUAGGACCUCAAAAUAAUAAAUGUUAUUAAAAAAACUUAAUUAUCCUCUCCCCUUAUUGGGCUUUUCAUGGAUAAUGAAACAAACAAAUUAAAGAGCUAAGAAUCCCAACUGUUAGGAGGUGAAACAGUUGGCUAUUUUACAAGCAUGGCCGAGGAUUUGAACUCGGAACCACCAAAUUCAAAUCCUUCGGUUUACAAGUCCAGCCCUCUAAGCUCUCGGCCACGCUGCCUCGGCUUUUGGAAACGUACGUCCGCCUCUGGCUCUAAAGGCAGGAUGCAUCUUUGCUGUUGUGCCUUCUUGAAUCCUUUGUUUAUCUUUUCCAGGUUGUUCGAGUCUUUGUGCUCUAGCGACUCAGAUGGGAACCCGUUCCUAUGUGAACUACGCCCUCCUGAUGAAGAUGAUGAUGAUUGUCGAUCGGGCUUGUCCUCAGUGGCGUCAGUGGCCGGCUCCAGGACAUCUUCUUUGUUGUCGCUUGUUAAGGCGGGAAUAACAGAACUAGACGAAGAGGACUUGGCGCAAGUUGAGGUAUGUAUCUGUAAUCAAAUGGUCACGAGUGAAAUUAGGGAAUAAUUUCACGCGUGUUGUCUAGGCGCAUCGCAUCUCGCAUCCACGAGUUGCUUCAAAGAAGGCUUUGAUAGCGAACUCGCGUACUGAUGUGCGAAUUUUGGACCUUUUAUCUUACAGGAAAGUAAGCUGGAAAAUAAAAAGAAACAUCUACAAGCUAUUGAUCGUGACCGAGACACUGCCAGUGAAAGCGGGCGCAGCGUGCAUGCCCUUCAGCCCAUGGUGGACAAAAGCAUUGCACUUCAUGUAUACGGCGUGGAUGAUCCGGGCCCAGAGAUCACUGUAGAUCUUGUUGAGGUUUUACAGAACAGGAUCAAUGAAGCGAUGUUAGAAGUGUUGUCAGUACUUCUGUCAAGAAAUCCGAACUGUAAAUUAACUUACGCUGAUGUCCGGGUACGUUGCUGAAUGAAGUGUUUUCUGUUGUAUUUCUUUCUUUAUUUAUUUCUUUUCUUUACAAUGAUAAAGUCGAACUUCGUUAGCGACCAUCUGACCAAAACACCAAGAUUUUCCCAGUCAAAGGCCUGUAGUUGGAACCUCUUGAAACGAUCACCUCUGGUACGCGACCACACGACCUGUGGUGUCCGACCUCUAUGGUCGCAGUAUUCACACCACUACGCUACUCAGAGUAUGCGAAAAGAUUUAGUGACGAUAUGGAACUGCACAUAUUGUAACUUAGAAAUCGUAUGUAAAUGAAUUCUUUACCAAAAUUAGAUAUCUGUAAAUUAAACCUCUUCCGAAAAAGACUCCUGUGGUUUGACUCUUGUAGGAGACCACCUCGCGUAAGCGACCAUUAAAUCUUCGCAUUUUUCCGGGAUGGUCGCUUACAGAAGGUUCAACUCUAUAAGAAAAGUAUUUUUAGUUUAAUGAAGUUUCUGUUUUUAUUUACAGUUUAUUCAGCCUCAAGGCCAACCACCCAAAACAACACUCACGUUAACAAUCCCUCCCAUGGACGUCAAUUAUCUAUGUCCUCUGACUUUUUAUUUACGGCAAAAUCUGCAUAGUCUUCUGCACUCGCCAAGAUACAUGGACAACAACCCCAACCAUCAUUUUAGAGCUCUGAGUGGCAGCAAGACAGAGGCCUCUGGUAAUACAAGCGCUGAAAGCUGCAGACUGGAGCCGGAAAUAUAUUUGUACAACCGGCCACACAGUUCUGGAGGGAAAGGUUAGAGUAAAAUAAGUGUGUUGAAUUAACUUUUGAAACCCUAAGAUCAAAAUUUGAACUCUCAUUUGUUGCCCCUAUUCAUUUCCUACAGAAGUAGUGGGGAGAAGUUGAUAAAAUAUCAAGCAAAUUCAUCUUGUGUGAUCAUGUCCGUAAUUCUCAUGACCACUCUGCUUUACAAAGCGUUGAUAUUACAAGGAGAAAUUUGAUGCUGAUCACUCUUAGGGCUUAAAGGGUUAAUAGUAAAGCGUAGUAUACGCGGCCAGGUGCGUUGUCUAGUCCAAACGGAAGUUCUAAGACCAGAAGUGCCGUUUGUGACUUAAUCUUCCAUUUUUUCGACUGGAUGUUAAAACGCCCUGAAAGUGCUUAUGCAACUCAGAUGUGCACGAGCAAGUAGUUUAUUUUUCCAAUUUUGAACUGUGCAAUGGACUUGGCCGCCGGUAUGCAUUUUAACUUAGUAAGGCAUCCCAGCAAAUAGUUGUUGCGAGAAUUUUGACCUUGAGAAGUGCUUAGAGAACCACAAGCUGUGGGCGAGUAUUUUUGCACUAAUCACGAAGGUUUGAAGGUUUUGUGUUGUUAUUUCUUCGUUCUCUUGAUCAACCAUCAACGCCUUGUGUCUUCUUUUAGGUCUGGCCUGUAUCUCAGCGUCAGUACUGAACUCUCGAGGUGGAUACAUCUACAUCCCAUGUGGCAAGACAGCCUGCAAUUAUGUUGGUGAACUGGACUACUUCGAGCAGAUGACUGAGGUGUUCUUGUGUGAAGAUAAGAGACAGCUAGGUAGGCAGCUCAGUUUCAAUCCAUUUGUUGACUGUUCACAGUCCCCUACUGAUUUGUCCGUAAGAUCGUCGGGAUUAAGCACCUACCCUUAAGGGCUGUCAUCUUAGCUUCAAUUGAACUGAGUUCAGCCUGGGGACGAGGGUUAAAUCAACUUAGGGGACGGGGGAAGGUUUUGGAGGAGGCGAGAAAAAUGGAGUCUUUUUUUCUCACCUCUUUCCCCUUACUGCUAUAAAGCUUGCCGCCUGCCCACUCGAUACGUUUAAGCCAAGAUAGCCGCUCGUAACGGUAUAAGCGCUCGAUUUCUACUGUCUUACAGAAAAAUAGUGGCCUGUGAACAGUCUUAUCCAUUUGCGGUCUUCUUUACAGUGUCAUGCGCUUAGUAGACACAACAAAAUCACAACAAGCUCAUAGAGCGUGCCAAACACUCUGGAACGAGCUUCAUUUUCUUCGAUGCUCGCUCAUUACUAACUCAUGACCUGGGUCUGUACUGUAUAAUAUUGGCGCUCGUCAGUGGGAGGUUAGUAUUCACUGAGGCAUCGCUUGUUACGUUUCAGCCGAGGAAGAUAUCAUGGUUCAGUUUGCAAUCUGGGAGCGUGGUGACAUUGGACUUGAUCAACUCGCUACGCAGCUGAAGCUGUCCUUAAGACAUGCGCUGUGCGAUCUUCUCACUGAGUACUACCUCUUAACAGCUCCUUUAUCAAAAGUACCGCCUAAGUACUACAAGGCCCCAGUGACGCGCCAAAGGUCUGUCUCUGAGCCCCCUUCACCCUCGAGCCUAACGCCAAAGGAUCCCAAAUUAGGCUCAUAUCCAGAAACUAUAGAAAGAUCCUCCCGGCGGCAGCUGGAUUUUGGCAGUCAGUGUGGGUUUCGAAGCAGGACAGCCUCGCUUGUGGGACAACGAAAAACACCGCCCGCAGGUAGUUUAUCUCCGACUGGAUCCACAGGGAGACCAGGUAGGGUGUCCAAGAAUCCUUUUUUGUCCCAUCGGCGGAGUUCUUCUGGUCCUCAACCUAUUUCAAGGCAAACCACGAUGGAAGAUGACGUCUUCAAAACGGAAGCUGUGUCUGCUGAUAAUGAAGACAUGGAAGACAAAGGAAAAGGUGGGAAAAUGGAUGGGAAAAAUAAUGUGAAAUGGUGCUUUGUUGUUAAUGGCAGUGCAUUCACCUUUUGUAGCUUGUUUACGGCAACUCCACUCACAUAGUAAACAAAUGAGUUAGCCAUUUACAAGCAUGACUACGAAGCUCAACUUGAGACUACCGAGGACAAUAUUCAGCUACUCAUUAGAGCGGAGCUUGAACCCGAGAUUACGAGUCCGGCGCGCUGACUUCUUUUCCGCGCCACCUCCGCAGCAAUAUUUCCAUGAAUGUCGUAACUCGUCAACCAUAAUCAUUUUGAUGACUAGUUCAAUAUGUUUCUUAAUAGACCCAAGUUCCACUCCUCUGUGAUGCCUGGAAAUAGCUAACUGAUUUCUCACGCCAGUUCUUUAGGGUUUUUAAUCGUGUUAUGUUCUUUUCGCACUAUUUGUUUCAAAUUAUUUAAGUAGAGUGUCUCUAAGCUAGGCUGUGACAACAGCCGACAUUUCACGUCGCCUCUACUGAUUUCCCCACGAAGUGACGUCUGAGCAACGACUGCAGAAAUUGCAUAUUGGUGACGUUCGCUAUCUAGAUCGAGAUAGUGCUCCUGACUGGUUGAAGUUAAUUUCUCUCGCGACAAGGUCAAUCAGAAGCACUACCGAGUCCAGGGUAGUGACACGUCAUCAGUAUGGAAUUUCUGCAGUCCAUACUCAGACGUCAUUUCGAGGGAAAACCAACCAAAACCGGCUGUUUUCUCCGGUUACCUCUAAUCUGGCUCGCACAGCUAAAUGCACUUCCACUGCAAACAAAGCAUUUAUUAUUUACCUGUUUCUGAAAAAUUUUGGUUUCUUUCAUGGUCUUUUUUAUUGUAUCUACCAAAACAAAGCUGCGUUUGACUGCGAAGGCCGUGCAAAACCAAGAUUCGAAUCGAUAAAAAAAAACCUCUGCAAAGCCAAAACAAAGGCCGAUCACUGUCAAUAAAUAACUAAUGUCACUAACUUUCUGCUUUAUCUUUCAGCCAGUGAAACGCGCUCAAAAAAGAAGAGAAAAUCGGGCCUCGCACCUCCUCAGACGGCUGGCAAAUCAGAAGCUUCAUCAGAUGUAGAACACACUUUUGAAAGUUUCACAGCAGCAGAAAUACAGGAAUCCCAAGAAUUUACCUCACAGCCUGGGACUCCUGUUUCGGAACACUUGGCGUCUGCUUCGCCGGAUCGAGAAAAGACUCGGAAAUUGUCGUCGGCAAGCAACGUGAGUGGCUCUAAGGCGUUUUCGCCAGACGGACGAGAAUCGACAAGUGUUGGACAGUCAUCGGAUGGACCAACGACGUGGCAGAAUAUUGAGGCACGGAGACGAAAAGAACUGGAGAGGAGAAUGAAACGAAUUCAGUUUGAGAAUGGGGAAAGAGGAGAACUUCAUUCAAGGUGUCUUAUUGACUUUUUAAAUUUUAAGCGUCAGAACGGAGAAAUAGGUGCUUUCGUGCUAGAGUUCUCUUGUAAGGUUUAAUUUGAACAGUUGCAUGAAUGUCGUAGGAUUUCUUGCACGAAACAAAAGUUGCAGCUACAUUGUACCGCUUAGUUGAUCGCACUACAGUUACAACUACAUUUCAUUCCUCCAAAACCGUAAACGGACUCUUGGAUCUUGAGAAAAUUCAUGCCUCAUCAACGAGAGCAAAAGAGAGAACUAUAUCUUGUGCAGCAUCUCAGAUUGGAAUCAUGUAAACAGAAUUGUUCCUGACGCGUGCGCGCAAAUUCUAAAGUAGGGAGCUUAAGCAACAGCGUUUUUGAGCGACGGACGUCAACCGGAAGUGGACUUUUUGCAGCGUUGGGCUGUGGUUUGGUUGAAACCCUCAGGUAAAUCGUCUUUAUGGGAGAAAAGAAACUCAGCAAUACAAAUUUGGUAGUGUCCAGGCGUAUAAAAAGGGAAAAGGCCUCACUUCCGGUUGACGUGCGUCGCUCAAAAACGUCUUUGCUUAAGCUCCCUAGUAUAUCAGUUCUGCCUUCUAACUUGUUCCGCUUUGUUCUCUUUAGCCUUCAGGGACUGGGUCAAGACAUGUUUGCCUUCUUCUUCGACCUUGGUGUUCCAUCGGUGUAUCGCAUUGAUGGGAAGCUCAUCAACAACUUUGCUUCAGACGCUUUCUUGGGCGAACUAGUGAGCCUUAUAUCGUCAUUGUGCCCCGACCUCAAGCCGAAGAUUUACCGGGAAACACCUCUGUGAGUACUGUGCAUUCGUCGUGAUUUGUUCGUUAAUGAAAACAGAUGAAGUGCAUAAAAGCCUUGAAAACUGAGGGUCGCUGGUGCAAAUUUCCCUUUCGUAAACGGUCCCUGCCAUUUUGAAGACACUUAAAAAAUUUUUGACCUGUUAUUGAGACUGUUUCCAUUAAAAAGAAAGAAAAUCGCAACCAAGGGUCGAAACCAGACCUUUCCUAUCCUAAUCUCUCUUCCUUACCACUACCACACCCACCCGCCAAAAUUCCGAGAAAUUUUAGUGCAUAAACUAGCAAACUGUCUUUCUUAACAGUUACAUCAAUAACAGGUGGCCCUAGCCCUUUCCAUAACUUUUAACGUAAAUUCAACUUGGGCUUCAAAGUCGUUAUUUUGAAGACUAUUCAAAAACGUUCUAUUUUCCUUAUUGAUACUUAAGUGACAUACAGCGGUUACGCCAUCCUUGCUGUGGAAAGCCUUCAAAAUAAGGGUCGUGUUAUUGAAAUAAGUAUGGAUUUGAGUUUACAUAUUGGAGUGCACGUCAUAACUUUUUCUUAACAAAGCAGCUCGUCGAUGGGAAAGGGAAUAUGCCAUAUUUCCCUUUGUUCCGAACAACUCGCUGGUGAGGAACUUCAAGGUGGCAAUAGCAAUGCUUUGGAUACUUAACAAUUAUUCCACGAGUGCGCGUUGGAUAUGAGAUGGUAGAUAAUCUUCUCAUAUCCAACAAGCGCGAGUGGAAUAGUUCUUUUAUUAAAAACGCCCACAAAAUAUCCAGAAUUUUUCCCGACUUUAUUUGUAAAAGCAAUCGAUUUUUCAGCUUGUUUUUAAUUACAGUCACCAUAUGGUAUAAUGGCUCAUAUACCUUGAUGGCUGAGCCAGUCAGAGCUCCAGAAUCGCAUUAUCCAAUAAUUCUGUCAUUAGUUUCAGUUAUUCCAUUUUGAAGUUGCAGUGGCAUCCACAGAGCUGGUGUUUGCCAACUUAUAAAUUGAAUCUGGCAAAUUGAUUAUGGAAGAACUCAACAGCCUUUUUGUUUUUACCCAACAGGAAUUCACCUGAGGAACAAGAGAGUGAUUACCCGCCAGAAAUAAACUGUCCGCACUAUUAUCCAGCACGACAGCCAUUAAGGGUAACGACAAUGAGUAGUGAAAUUGCUCAAUAAAAAUAAGAUUAGGAAAAACUGGUUAAACAAAACCUCGAACGCUGAAUGACAACGAUGUUUUGCUCAUCAUGUUUCGAGCGAUAGACGUUUCGGGCGAAAAAUUCUGAAUGCCAAGUGGAUUGAGCCUGCGAUCUCUCGAUCCCUCGAUCUUACGUUUAUUUAAAACCUUUCACGUGCCCAGUUCGAUUCGCUUUGGAUUAGUCAAUGGCUAAGGCUUUCGUCUACGCUUGCGGAGAGGUAGCACCAUCUGCUGUUGAAAGAAGAGGGUUACUUGUUUAUGAGUACAGUUCUUUAUAAUUAUUGAGCUCCUAGUUGAUGGAUCUCUUUAACUCGUUACUAUGAGCUUUAUUAUUAUCUUACCAUUUCCUUGUGUAGGUACAAGAUGUGGACGAAUCAACUACAGAUGAAUCCGGAAAACAGUUUGCUCCACUGCCUAACUCCUCCCAUUUCUUUGUUGUGGUCGGGCGUAAUGUGGAUCAGUGGCGUGCAAGCUUGGGUCUGGAGGAAGGUAUUCCAUGGGGUUGUCCUAGGCAGCGUUCACACUCGGUGCCCGAGCACGGUACCCGAGUACGGUAUUCGCUGAGCACCAAUUUGCACAGACCCUCUUUUUAACUACCCAUCAGCGUGCAAAGAAAGUCGUGUCCGAUAGCUCGGGGCUAGUGGAUUUUGCUAUUAGGCUACUGAUUUUAGUUCUUAACUUGCCCAACGGGCAAGUGCUGUUUUUUGGGGAAAUUCAAAUUACAGAAGGAUUGUAAUCAAUCGUGCUAAUCAAAAAGGGUUUUGGGGCCAGCUGAAAUGACUUGUGGGCUUGUACAUGCUAGCUACAGCCUGCCCGAAUGGCAGGCUGUGAAACUGACUUUCUUUGCACCCUGUACCCAUGCUUGAAUUCAGGCACGGUGCCGGCGCCCGAGUGGCACUAAAGUGGGCACCGGAUUAGUGUGUGCACACAGGUUUUGUUAUAUCUGGGGCAGUUCACUGCUUUGUACUCGCUGCUAAGGACAUGUUUCAGAAUGGCCUCUGACAGGGCAAAAUGGGGCAUCUAUGUACGUAGUCACAUGUCGGGAACUCAAGGUGUGAACACACCACCAUUUUGACACUGCUUCACGGGCACCAAGUGUGGACACCCCCCUAUACUGUUGCCUCCUUGAGGAUCAAUUAUUGUUUCUUCUUUUCAAACUAAAACAGUGUCCUUGGAAAUAGUUUAAUUUCUAAAAAGUCCGCCUUUUGGCAAGUGAAUUUGACGGUAAAGCAAGGAAUUUCCCAGGUGGCGUCUCGUCAAAUUUUGCCCUUUAAAUAUCCCACAGCACCUUGCGAUGGCUUCUUUUAGUUUAGUUUGUACCACCCUCGUUUCACUGAACCUAUGGAACACCGGUAUGUUAUCAACCAGGAGGUGAUUCCUUUGGCGUUUUUAACCGUUGCUUGUUGUUCGUUUCCUUUCAGAUUUGUCCCAAGAACCGUCUGAUCGGCCAAGAAGUAGGUAUACUCUGCAAAUAUUGCAUACCAGAGAUAUAACCUGUCUGUUACCUAUUGAAACAAGUUUUGAAUCAGGGGAUGAAUUUCUUUUGAAUGGUCACGUUAUUCGGUUUUGUGCACAGGUUCAAAGGAUUUAACUACGUCGCACUUGGUAAAUGAAGAAGUAUAGUAAACGCUACGCGAGGUUGUGAUUGAGACAUAUUUAGCUACUAUCACCUACCCCUCCCCUAAGCCAACAUUAUCGCUUACUUCUCACUUAGGGAAAAAUGUUGACUUAGGGGAGGGGUAGGUGUUCAGUUUCCCAGAAACCUAUAUUGAUCCAAAAAGAGUAACCUUCAAUCUAAACCCUGCCCUUUCCUAACCCCCCAAUCAUGUGGCAUAUCUGUCCCGUUAUUUUCUAUUGAUUUGACCAUUGUCUUUUCAUUCAGUUCGUACAGGUCUUCAACGGUUUAGGCCUCUUGAUCCAAACGCUCCAGUUCCUGGCAGAAUCCCUUCAGACUCCACCUCGCUUUCGAGUCUUUCCCUAGGGGGAGUACCCAGGCAGAAAUUUCUUCUUGUUACUCUUUUGGACAAAGACGUAAGUCCCGUCUGUUUUGACAACCUGUAUUUUAUCACUCUCUGAAGAAAAUUUGGGUUGUUAGUAGUAUUUUUCACAACAAUUAUUCAUGUCAAUUCUGGUGAAGAGGAGCAGAUACGGUUGAACCUUCUGUGACCCGAAAGGUGUCCACCUAGGAUGGGUGUCCGCUUAAAGAGAAAGUUUUAAAAUCCAAUGCUUUAUACGUGGCUGGGACCACGAACAAGUGACGGCUUAGGAGAGAUGCCUACUUAAGAAGGGUUACAAAUGAAGUGCUUUUACAGUCGAACUUCCACUAACGAAAAUCUCCCGUGAGCGAUCCAUUGGGCUUUGAUUUCAUGAGCCAGCAGGCCCGAUUUGCAGUGGUGGCUCUCUUUGCUGAGGUUUAGUUUAUGGUCCCAAGGUUGAGGAGCGACACUUUUUAUGGUCCCAAGGGUAAGGAGCGGACACUUUUUAUGGUCCUAAGGGUGAGGAGCGGACACUUUUUAUGGUCCCAAGGGUGAGAGGUGGACACUUUUUAUCGUCUCAACGGUGAGGAGAGGACUCUUUUCUAGUCCUAAGGGCGAGAGCGGUUUUGUUGUUUGGUCACAAGGGGGCGGAAGCGGUAACUCUUCUGGUCCCAGGGAGAGGAGCGGGGUUUUUUUGGUCACAAGAGGGUGUAGCGGACACGUUUCUGGUCCCAAGGGCGAGGAGAGGCCUUUUUUGGUCACAAGAAAUAAAGGUCUUGUUCUCUAAUGAACACAGUUUUGGUAGACUCAUUCAUAUUUGUUGCUCUUGCAGGUGAUAGCGUUCACUUACAACUGGGCCAACGAUUUGAACCUCACGUUUGAAAAACAACUCCAUCGCCUGCUGAACUGGAGUAACGCUCGAUGUCAUCUAACCGCGUGUCUUUUGAGCCAGAAACUGGGGCUGUUUCAUCACACUCUGUUUGCUGACAUCAAUAGAGGCAAGGAAGGCAAGGUAAUUUGUUGAAAGUCAAUUAAUUGAUAGAAACGUCUCCUCUCGAAAAUGGGGUACAGUGGCCAAUUGGUUAGGACGGCCUGUUGUUCUGGGCUAUUAAGUCUGCAAUCCCGUCGUGUCUUAGCUUUGUUUGUAUAUAAUUGUCCGGAAUGUCUCAGUUGCCGAAAUCGUUCCAAGGCGAUCGAAACGAGCAAAUUAGUCGAACCUUAACUGCUGAGACCUCGUAGUCCCACGGAACAGUUCAUUCGAUUAGUUUGCAGAGGUCUCUCCCUUCCAAGGGUCCUGUUAAACAUAUCGGCAUUUAUUCAAAUGCCAUCUGAAGCACAUCUAACAGUCAUCUGAACCAUUGUUAUCAUAAAAGGUUCAAUGUGUUUCCUGAGACUUGUUCUUUUUUUGAAGGAUAUGAACCCGUUCUGUUUAUCAGCCAAUGAUAUGGACAUGGUUUUGCUUGUUAGUCGUCCUGGACCACCGCCUCUUGACGUAAGUAAAGGCAGAUGCAACGCACCAUUUCUACUUUGUGCUUUCACAUCAUUUAAAUAUUCCAUCUGGGAACCUUAAAAAGUGUUAACUGAGGUCCAUCCGCGGCCAAACACCUAAGGCAGUUUUUGAUAUUACUUUGACGAGAUUUCACCGGCGACGAGUGGGAAAAGUAGCAAGGAUUUAUAAAACUAUUGGCGUUUGCGAAUGUUUUUCAUUUCUGUCAUUCAAACAUGUUCUUCAACCAAAGACAAAAGGGCAUCUCCAAGUUGCUGUAAGCCUCUGUUUGAAAGCGAGGCUAAGUACAAAGCCAUUGACAUCAAAGUGAUUUUUUCUUCUCGUGCAAAUAAAACUCAUUUUUACAACAAAGGUUUUACACUUGGCGUCGUUUUGAAAGUGAGAGUUUUUGGAACUCGGAAAUGGCCUGUUAUCUUAUGCUCGUGUCCGCUUCAAAAAGUGGUAGCGACUACACAUGCGCUGCGGAAAGUUGAUUCAAAUCUUUAAAUAGUGUAUAUAUCUGCCUUUUUUCAAUUCUGUAGCGUGAACGCGCCAUGCCGAGACAAAUGCCGCCAUCUCCAAACAUUCUGGUGUUUGAUGAAGUGCUCCGAGACGUCACACCUCCGAAGCCUCUGCAUUGCGCCCAGUACUUUCAUAACCGAGACCUUGUCAAAAGGCAUGGGUACCAGUUUAAGGUAACGCUUUUUGUUUUUUGUUUCUUUUCUUUUGUUCCUUUCUUGACCGUUUGAUUUCUGAUUUGACCGAUUGAUUGAGUAUUCGAUCAAAGCAGAGCUUUUUUAUUGUCAUUCGUUUUAUGUAGCUGGUUUGUGGCGCAUUGUUCUUCUUAGGAAUUAAGAUAUUUCAAUCGAUCUCAAUUUUCUCAUUGCCUUUUUCUUUUUCAGGAGAUUCGGUCUGGGCAAAUAAAAAGUAAGUCAAUCUAAAUUGCUGCAUUUGGUUAAAUCGGUGGUAGUUGAUAAUUGGUUAUUGCUGGUCUUUUUAAGUGUUUCAUACUAUCUUCACAAAGUCCUCUUUCCCUAAGUAAACGCCUUUGCUUUCUAAGAUGUUUUGCCAUCCAUUGUGCUUAACUUUGUAGCAAAUUUAACGCAUUCUUUGGGAAUAUUUUCUUUGCAGCAUUUAACGCGCCAACGUGAAUGUCGAACAGAAAAAUCCCUUGUUAAAUCCUCAGCAACAAAAACCAUCCCUUGAACAAAAGUCAUUUUGUCUCAUGUUGAGGAAAAGAUGUUUGUUUAUGUAGUUUCUCAAUACCAGAGGAAUGUCGAGCAGUUCAGUAGCUUUAAAUAAGCAAACAGACGAUAAAAAUGUAUUUUUUUUACUUAGGAGCAAUUUUGGAGCAGAGCUUGGACGAAUUGUACAUCAUGUGGCUUCGGAGACCUCCUCAUAUCCAGAUCAACGUAAGCAAGACUAUUUAAUAUCCUAUAGCCUGGCAUGUUGCAGACGACAGUUUGCGCGAGUUAAACCUCUCAAAGGCGCAACCAUUGUUGUGGGUGGUAAUUGAGAAUAUUGUAAGGAGAGCUUUCAUAAGCUGUCACUUACAAAUCGCAUUCCCACUAAAGAGCAGCCUAUGGGAGUAGUAUUAUACAGUGCAGUACAAAGCAAUGCAAUCCAUUACAACGCAGUUGCGUAGAAUGCAGUGCAAUGCAACGUGGUGCAGUCCAAUCGUGCAGAAUAAUGCCGUAAAUUCAACUCUGCUACUGAUUAUGCGAGUUUUGGACGUGUAAGCCUUUAUAGUGAUUUAUGUAUGUUACCAGAACGAGGAACGGGGAAUGGGGAACGGGAAGCGAGAAACAAGCACGGAGAGCGGGAAAAUGAAAACUGGGAACAAAACAGAGAAUUUGAAAUAAAGUUUAACCGCGGCAGGAUUAGCUCAGUCGGUAGAGCGCUUGACUGCAGAGCGGGAGGUCGCGGGCUCGAUUCCCUGGACCGGACCAAUACUCAAGGUCUUAAAAUAACUGAGAAAUGAAGGUACUCCCUUUGCCCUGCAAACGGAUAGAUCUUCUCGUGGCACAGGUGACCACGUAAAAUGGCUGUCCCGUCUGCGGUUGGGGACGUAAAAAUAGUAUCCCCAAUUAGUGCUUUCCUGCUAAAUACCUUGACACUCAAAUAAAGUCUACUGUAAGUAACUGAUAGGACAAGGGUUUAAGCUGAGCUUUGUUCCCGUUUUUCAUUUUCCCGUUCCCCGUGCUUGUCUCCCGCUUCCCGUUCUCCGUUUUGAUUGUGUAUUUUUCCAUAACUGAACGUAGCAUAAAUUUUGUGAGUCCUGCUGAAGGAAUGAUAAUUCGUUAAUUUUCCGGCACACAGGAAGACAAAAUUGAAACGCUCAAGCGCUCGUCGAGGUUGAUUCACUACUGUGCAGCGCCAUUGUUAUUUCAUCCUAAUUGGAGACGAAAGAGAUCGUCCACAGCAUCUGACAGCGACACUGUUAAAGAGGAGUCUUGCAGUGACGAGCCAAGAAAGGAGACUAAAGAGAAGAAGAACAGCAAAGAACAAAAACACGGCGAAGGUUAGUCAAGCAAGGGUGUCAUUAGAGCAGUUUUGAACUGUACAAAGGACACAAUCUUCAACCCUGAAAUGCACUGCGUUGUUUGGAUUGUUGAUGUCUGCACCACUGGGCGCGGUGUGGCAAACGGUACAGGAAAACUUUUGUAUGUGUAGCAUACAUGGCUUGGUGUUUUAUUUGAACGGCCUCCCUUAAGGAUUUCAUCCACAGGUUAAUAACUUCGAAUCACCUUUGUACAGCAUAAUAAACAGCACCACAGGAAAGUACUGCUCGGUAGCUUUCAUUUGAAUGGUCACAUCAUAGGAUUUCAUCCACGGACUCAAAAGUUAGAACCACAUUGUACAGCAUAAUAAACAGCACCACAGGAAAGUACUGCUCAGUCGCUUUCAUUUAAAUGGUAACAUCAUAGGAUUUCAUCCACGGACUCAAAAGUUAGAACCACCUUGUACAGCAUAAUAAACAGCACCACAGGAAAGUACUGCUCGGUAGCUCUCAUUUGAAUGGUCACAUCAUAGGAUUUCAUCCACGGACUCAAAAGUUAGAACCACAUUGUACAGCAUAAUAAACAGCACCACAGGAAAGUACUGCUCAGUCGCUUUCAUUUAAAUGGUAACAUCAUAGGAUUUCAUCCACGGACUCAAAAGUUAGAACCACCUUGUACAGCAUAAUAAACAGCACCACAGGAAAGUACUGCUCGGUAGCUCUCAUUUGAAUGGUCACAUCAUAGGAUUUCAUCCACGGACUCAAAAGUUAGAACCACAUUGUACAGCAUAAUAAACAGCACCACAGGAAAGUACUGCUCAGUAGCUUUCAUUUAAAUGGUCACACUUUGGAAUUUCAUCCACAGACUCAAAAGUUAGAACCAUCUUGUACAGCAUAAUAAACAGCACCACAAGAAAGUACUGCUCGGAAGCUUUCAUUUAAGUGGUCACACUUUAACAAUUCUUCCUUGGUCACAAGUUAGAACUACCUUGUAGAGCAUGGUGUACUAUAUACUAUCGUAAAGGACUGCUGAUCGUCCGGGUAGGUGUAAUCCUGAAUAAGUCUGUCAUUGACAGUGACUGAGUGGUGACUGUGAAGAUGACCACCGCACAGGUCGUCAAAACGUCAAUUGCGGUCGACAAAAGUCUUUUCAGGCCUACGCUCUCCCAGAAUUGACACAGAAUAGUUUGCUUAGAGUUCUGUCUUUUUGACUCUCGUAGCCAUAAAGGAAGGAGAAGCAAUUUAUGUAAAAGAGAAGACAUCUGCUUCCGAAGAGGCUUGGCAUCAAGAAUUACGAUCGGCUUAUUUGCAGCAGUACGUGCAGUACAUGCAGUCAUUACAGUUUAUUGUGGUGCAAACUCGGCCACAGUCUCCCAAGCCAAACAGGAGGUAACCCACAGUUACAUUUAUACUUUUGAUACUUUUUAAAAUACUUCUUAAUUUCUCUCUGCGGCUCUUUGAAAGAUACUAAGAACGGAUGAUGUUGUUUUUCUGCUUUUGAUUUCUGAUACAACAGAUAUUAUCCAGGCUCUAGAGCAAAUUCCAGUUUUCAGCGUAACAGACGUCAAUAUUGUAUUUGAAUCUGAUUGUAACACUUUAUAGAUUUAGUAAUGAAAACGUGUUGGUUAGAAAAGGUUCUUAAGGGUGAAUUAUUGUUUGGUGUGUACUUUAUAAUGGUAAAUUGGAGUUUUUUCGACUUGUUGUUACCAAACGUUACGGUGGAAAGUGACUGAAUUUGACCUUGUUUCGUAACAAUAUUUGCGCAAGGGAGAAAUGUCGUGUGAAUACUCUUUGUCGCCGUAUUUUGCGACAUCGCCUCUCUUUUUGUUAUUUAUCUUUAUAGGCAUAACGGCCGUUCAAAUGUCAGCUCCAAACCAAAGAGAGAAACUGGUGACGUUAAGAAACAAAAUUCAUCUAAAGACAGAAAAGACAGGACUUCACAGACUCUACAGUGCUACUUACAGAGGUCCUCCCAUGGAGGAAUUAUGCUGUUGGAAUUGGUAUUCGAGGUAUGAUUAAACGACCGUCUUUCCUCCUAUGGCUGGCUAAUUUAGGGAAUUUAGCCUCUUCACUCAAUCCCCCCCCCCCCACUUCCCUGCCCUGCCCUGCCCCCACACAAAGAGAAACAGAGACCCCGUCAAAUACACUCCCGCAUAUAAGAAGAAAUGGAUUAAGAACACCAGGCUGAAAUUUGGCCAAUAAAGCCCCAUUUUUAUAAGAACAAGAUCAGCCUGAAAAUUGUAGCAUGUUCUUAUAAAAUGGAAAAAGUGUCAUAAUUACAAAACAUGUAAGUUUAUGUUUGCUGCUGAUAACUUCAUUUGUUAAUAUAAUCAAAUUACAGAAUAAUUAUUUAUUUUAUUUUCCUAAAAUAUGCUAAAUAUACCUCUAGCAACAUGUUUUGGAUAGUAUUACUAAAUAAAAAUUUAAGAACAUUUUAAGAACAUUUUGAGGCUGAUUUGUCAUUAAGCGCCCGAUAAAUAAGAACUCAAUCAGCCUGACCUCCGAAAUCGCGUGUUCUUAAAUGCGGGUGUUUACUGUAGUGAUCAAAAAGUCCCGGAACAUUUCAGCGGGAGCUUGGUUUACAUCACGAUCAAACGUAAACUGGCGCUACGCCUUCGUCCCGGUAACACGUCAUUUCAUUCCAAGAACGGAUGAGAUAAUGGUAACCGCGAGGAAACCCUUAAGCUCUGUGGUGAUGAAUUUCUAACUAAUGAUUCAUAGCUAAUUUUCGUUUGUCUGUGCUGUAGGGCUGCUUUUUUAUCGUCCGACUAUACGCCCUCGGUUGUUCACAGAUUCCUUCAGGGAAAGCAGUGGGAGUGCAGGUUGGUAUUCUUGCUAUAAUUGAUUAAUUUAAUCAAUACUGAGGGACAUUUGUCUAGACACUAGCUGGUCAAUGCUGAUCUCCAAGAAAUAUUCCACGGAAAGAAAGUUAUCAGAUCUCAUUGCAUUAGAGAAAGUACAUGAAAUAACAGGGAAAGUUGGCCAAAAAACCAUCAGUGUCACUUGUAAAUUCUAAUAGAUUUUAUGUGUGUAGCUCAACGAAACGUAGUAUCUUUUUCGCCCUCAAAUGUAGCUGUUUUGUACUUCUGUCUAUAUUGACUUCUUUUUUGUGCUGUUACGCAAACUGAACAAAUGUGUGUGUACCAUAUCAGUAAGUGGAAUUUGUUUUUAUCUUGAAUUUGAAAAGUAUUGUUUGAUCGUUUAUUUCUCAUGCAGAUGAGCCGGUUGUUUGUGGAAGAUUGCACUCGCUACAGAGAAUAUAUUCAUCUGCUAUCGUUUAAUUACGAUUUUCAUCUGUGUAAAGCACAGCUAUAUUUGAAUGGAAGCCAAAGAAUCUUUAACAAGGGUUAUGGUGUUACUGCUAUGCUCAAAGGACUCUUGGAAGAGUAUCCUCAAUGCCCACUGUUUGCUAGAAACCGCGUCUGCGCAGGUUAGCUGCCUUCUAAUCUUGUUCUCCGUCCUUUUUUUUUCUUCUUUUUUUGUUUAUUAGUUUGUUCGUUUGUUUGUGGGUUCUGAGUAUGAAGAUUAGUUAGGCGAAUAAACUAUUUUAAAAGAAAUCACAGUUAUAAUUGAUGUAUUACAGAAUAAACAGGGGAUGCCACCGAUGGCUAAUUAAUUCCUUUGUCUUUUAGACUGCAUGCAGUCCGCCUUUUCUCAUAAAAUGCGUCUAGUUCUUGAUCUCAUUAAGGGCGAUUGCAAACCACGAUGUUAUUAGACUGCUCACAGUCUAUUGUCUUUUUGUUUGUUAUAUGCAUUUUUUGUUUGGUUUUAAAACGUUAUGGCAGUAAGGUGGAUCUUUUAAAAAAUGGAUGAAAUUAAGCAAAACUGUAUUGGAGCUACUUUCUCUUACUUGUUCUGCUCUUUUGGCCUAUUUACUGUCGGUUGCAUCUAAGCGUGGACACGAGACAAAAAAACGUGUUCUAUUAGGGUGCCAGACAUGACGUUUUUUGCCACCAAACAUUAGUUUGACUGCCGUUUAAACAAACUGUCGCGCCAAAGGUUAAGUUGUUUACGUGUUUUUAAUCAGCGCUUUCCGCUCAUCUUUUAUUUUUCUCAGUUUCCAUUAAUAAUUCUCGCUCAGAACAGCACACUUGCUUUUAAGAAUUACAACUCCAGAAAUUCUUGUUAACGUUUUGCGAUGAAUAUUUUGUUGAUCGAAAGCAAAUCAAGUCGAAACAAACAGCUUCCUACUUUGCAAGUGAACAUUCGUCUAACGCCACCAACAAACUUCAUGCAACAGUUUGGCGGCAAAACUUUUAACAUGUCAUGUUUUCACCCAAUUAGAACAUGUUUUUUCGUCACGUGAACACGCUUAGAUGCAACCGACGGUAUCGUCUUUGCUUCCUUUUUAGGGGAAGUCGCUGUUCCAAGCCAUAUAUCUCCGCAAGCUGUGUUUAACUACCUGGUGAAAAACGCCUCCUUUUACGAUUUCCAGACGCUUCCCCUGGAAUCCGGACCGUUCGAAAAAACGCAGCACUUGUUGUUCGGCACCGAUCGUGUCCUUACACAAGAGAGAUACUCGGACACGAGAACGUACGACAUUCUCCGAGACAAUUACGAGUAUGACAUCACGUUCGUCGUGUCACCGAAGGAAUCUUCUGAAGAGGGCAUCGUAAACAUGGAGUACAUUGUGUUGAUGACGAGUCGUCGUGAAUUGUUUCCUAAACUGAUGUUGGAUUUGCACUUGAGGAAAAAGUCACCAUCUUCAAGUUCUCUCUCUACCAUGAACGGAAACAGAAAAGCAUCUUUGCCAGAUAAUGGAGAAGUGGAGCCUGAAAGAGGUCAGUAAAUUUGCUUUAAAUGAGCUUUCUAGCAGCAUUCUGCGUUCGAAACCAAGCGUAAUGUUUUCGCUCUUCUCAGCAGUCUCGCCAAUUGCAAGCUAUGGCAUUCACCAGUCGCCUUUUUUGCCCUUGACGUUGGUUGCAGGUUUUGCCGCGCUUAGCAUCGCCUACAAUUUUUCCCGCGCUUUGUUCGUGUCGCGUGUUUUCUUGCCGUUCUUAAAGGCUGCUUUAACCACAUCAUGUACCAGUUCAUGUAUUGUCAUUUUGUGUGGUAGACCAGGGUACUUAUUUUUCACAUAGAAAACAAGAAAUUCCGGUUUGAACAUCAAAUAAUAGGCUGAAAUCCGCUUGGGAAGCCUUAGAAAAUAGCGAUACUCUCGCUGACCUCUCCUAUUGAUAUUACUAUGCCCACUAGAAGCGCAUUGGUUCUUGAAGCAAAAGAUUCUGUUUUUUUUUUUUUUCAAGUCGUUGCAAAUUUGCAAAUUUGCAAAUUUUCUACUCUUCUUGUUCUCUUCAGCUGAUUACCUCGUAGGGGGUCCUUCUCCCAAAACGUAAAAUUUAACUGUUUAACCCUUUCACCGCCAAAUUUAGCCAAAAACAAAUUUCGACCAAAUUUCCAAAUUUCAGUUUGUGAAAUUUUGAAAAAUAAAUAGCACCAUGUGUAAGUACAGGCAGAGAGCUUUCAUUUGAAUGGUCACGUCAUAAGAUUUCGUCCGCAGACUCAAAAGUUAGAGUCACCUUACAAAACUCCAUCAAGUACUCUGGCAGUGAAAGGGUUAAUGUGAUAUUAAUUUUACGUGUUAUUUCCAACCGGAUGGUUUGUGUAAAUGCCAAGCAUCCUAGUACAUCACGACAAUGUGAGACAAUCUCAGUCUUCAUGUUUAACCCCCAGGGCCGCGUGUUCGAUUCACCCUACCAAGCAACAGUUCUAGUGGCUCUUUAGGCGGAUUUAUAAACUCUCCCUUCGCUGGUGAGUUCCAUCGCUCAGCUUCCUCGCCCCACUCCCUGUUCGCCUUGGGAAAUAGUGAAAGCGGUUUCCAGUUUCCCGCCGCAUUCGCGCCGUUGCGCUCUGGCGAGAAUAUUAUGGAACAGCGAUCUGGUUCCAAUAGAUCCUUGGCUGUGCCGUCCUACGAAGGUUCGUUAUGUGACAGUGUUUCUGAAAAAGAAUUCAGACUUAUAACCGAAGCUUAUCAGCGGGCACGUGUUCAUUUAGUGCACGUGGUCUGUCGAGCCCAGACUCACUGCAGCCGGGAUAUGCUGUGGCAUCGUUUGCUCGUUGGGGGAAUUGGGGAAGAGGAGAAAGAUGGGACCAAGAAAGGACGUAAGCGAAGUGAAGUGCGGAGAUCUGGGUCGGAUUAUAACGUCAAAGCGCACUGGAUGAAAGGGCUAGUGACUCUGUACCCUGGGGCCGAAGAGGUAAGUUAGAAGUAAAUGAGUCUUGCCGCCAAAACCGUUUUGUCUCCUCUUACAAACUUAUCCAAAUACCGUCCAACCUUCAUCUGCAACCAACUCUUGGAAGCGACCACCUCCCAAAACACCAAACUUUUCCCAGCCAAAUCAUUAGGAUGGGAAGCUCUCAUGAACGACCACCUCUUGUAAGCAAGCGCGAUAACUUUUUUUGGAAGACGGUUGUAGAAUUUUCCGUUGUUUUUGCCCUCUUGAAAGCGACCGCUUGACCUAUGGAUUGACCUCUUUGUUCGCCGAAUGUACUACACUAGCGAGGAACGAUAGGUGACAACAUGAAACUACAUCUGUUGUAACUUAAAACCUCUUCUAAUAAUUAAGAGAGCCCAUGCGGAUCAGUUCUCGUAAGGGAACACUAAAUCUUUGCAUUUUGGGUGGUCGCUUACCGUAGGUUCGACUGUAUGUAUUUCCUUGACGAGUGACUGACGUCCGAAUGAAGUAGCCCAUUUUAUUGAUUUUUCCAAUUUUUAUUUUUUUUGAGAAUGAUGGUAACACUUGCCUCACAAAUCUGUUGAAAUUUAUGCUUUCUUCUCAGUCUUCAGCAUCUCGCCUGAGCUUUGAGGAGUUCAAGCAGUUGCUAUCUGUCGUUGUUAGCAAAUCUUUACGGGAUGAGGAUCCACAGGUGAUACCUUUGCUGGCCAACCGAGCCUCGUGGUACCUUAAUUUAUUCCGGUAAGAUUUUCACCGGUAAUUAUGCAUUCGCCAGUUGCACAUCUUUCAUAAUGCACCUUAUUUACCCCCCACUCCCCCUUACCCAAAAAAAUUUGCAUAAGCUUUGUUUUUAAUUUCUCUUGGGACGGCUGUAAUACCCUGGAGAAAUAAAAAAAAUUGGAGGGGUGGGGGGGACAAAUAAGGUGCAUUACGGAAGAGUAUCUGACGAUUUUUAUUGCUGUCGUAGGAUGUCCCUCUUUCGGUCAUUUUCUUAAUUCUCAUGAUCUGAACAUAUGUUUGUAAAAUUUUUUUUUUCAGUAUUAUCACCGCCAAGUUUCCGGAUACCCAUCGUGUUUUCGUAGGAGAAGAUAGUACAGUUCAUUACUUGGCAAUCUUAAAUGCAGACGACCCAGAUAUGUUUGUACUGAUUCAUGUAGACGAACAGAACGACACUGCGGUAAGUUGAACGGUGUCGGAUUUUAAAGUAGACUCGAUUAGCAGCCGCUGUUCGGGAAUGAGUCCGCGCUUCUCCACUCCUCCUCUUCCUCCCCCUCCUCCUCCACUCCUCCUCCUUCUCCUCCUCCUCCUCCUCCACUACUCCUCCUCCCCCUCCUCGCCCUCCUCCUCUUCCUCCUUCUCCUUGUCUUCUCCUAUUUUCAGUGCCUUCAAAUCUCUUUGAUGAAUGGUGGGCAUGAGGAUUGUCCUGGGCUUAAAAACUUUGCUAAAGGCACCUUUUUAACUAUUUUUGUUGUUGUUGUUACAGGACAUGUUAGUUGUUUUCCGUGAGGAUUCCCAGCCCGAUGAAGGCGGGACAUCCCGCCAACCCCGCCUUCUUAGCAAGAAAAUCAGGAGACACGUGUACAGUGUCGUCAAUGCUUUGUGCUUCCACCUUUGGACAAGCUUACUUCAGGUAUAACAACACGGGCAUCAAGAGAGUUUCACAUGACCGGGAGUAGAAGGUCCCUUUUGGUAAACUAUCAACACCCUAUCAAGCCGGAUGAUUUGUUAAGAGUCGAGUCAGGUCUUCACAUCCUAUUUGAAUAAGCGUUGCAUCGUCUAAAUCCUCUGACGGUAUCGUCGCUCUCAGGCGAAAUGUGAGACAUUCCAGUUGUUUCAGUAGCCCCACAAUGCACUGAGAACUUGGUACUGCGCAACCAGAACCUGUGUCGUUGUGUGCAUGAGUAAUUCGUCAAUCCAAGAAACAAUCAGUAAACAUAGUAAAUCGGGAGAGCCGACUCCUAGCGCGGGAAAAGUCUUUCGAGCAAGGCAAAAUGAAGUCUUUUUUCCUCUGAUUGGUCGAAAAAGUGGCGCAAGACAAUUUUUCGUUGCUGAAUCGUAGAAAUAUAAAAGAAAGCAAUCGCUUUAGUACUGCUCAAUAAAUUUCAUCCCGUAUGCAACGUAGAUAUAUUCGGAAAUUUGGGAUUAACAAUGUAAACUUUUGAAUUGUUGUAAAUCAUGAUGAAUUUCUUGAUUCUCUUUGUCGUAGUACCCUGAGGCCUUAGUGUUUGUUUUUAGCUUUCAUUUAGAUGGUCAAAAAAGAAUCUAGAAUGUUUACGUUAACACACGUAGUAGAAUGUCUUUAAAUAUUAGGUUUUAUUGCUUACGUGAAGCCGGUUUGGUUAAUAACAAAGAAAAUUUUGUAAAGUUUCAAAUUAAACAAAUUUGUAGAUAAUUGUACAUAGAUGCAAUUAGAGUAGUCCGAUUAGUUGGAAAUAAACAUA